AUGGCUGACGUGCAGGAGUAUGUGAUGGCACAACAGCACCAGGGAGCACCAUCCAGGGCAGAAUCCAUUACUGCCUCCAUCUGCGGUCAGGUAAAACCGAAAAUACCGUAUCAUGCAUUCAAAGCGUUCUUUGAGAAGGACGAAAUUGAUGGGUACUUACAGGACUUUGAGCGGCUAUGUGACCUGCACGAACUGGAGCAGGCAGUAUGGGUACCCCCGCUAGCGGGAAAGUUGGCAGGGCGGGCAGCAGAGGCUUAUCGCGCUGUCCCCAGGGAAGACAGUAAAGACUAUUUUAAAGUAAAAAGGGCUAUACUGGAGAGGUAUGCCAUCACGCCCGAAGCGUAUCGACGCAAAUUUAGUGGAUUACGCAAACCCGAGAAGGAUUCCCACACAGAAUGGGCGCACAAGUUGGACCAAGCCUCGCAGGGGUGGAUUCAGGCAAGCCAAGCCACCACCAUGGAGGAACUGCGCCAACUUAUGCUAUUGGAACAAUUUUUUAAUGGACUCUCCCCAGAAGCGCAAGAAUGGGUGAGGGACCGCAAACCUCUCACCCUACCGCAAGCCGCUAGAUUGGCGGACCAACAUUUUGAUGCCAGGAGGCAUCAUGGGCCAAUUAGUAAGAGUUACCCGAGACCACCUGCACCACCCUACACGAUCCCCUCCGCACCAGUUAACUCAACUCCGUUUAGGCCAGCACAAGGGAACCCGCCACCCUCCUCUCGCUACAACGGCAGGUCAAAUAUUCAGUGCCAUACCUGCCGGCAGUGGGGGCAUAUGUCCCGAGAGUGCACCCAGAACCAGAGCAGACAAGCGUGGAACCAAGUGCGGCAGAACACCACCCCAAGGGCAGCGGCACAUCACUACCAGGUGGAACCUGACACCCAAGAGUUGCUGAGCCUUCAGACCGAGGAACCCCUGGGCGUUUUAUAUGAAGUGAUGUCCGUCCAAGCCACCGACAACCGGCAGCAUCAUCGCCAAGUUGUGUUUGUGGGGGGGAAAGAAGUACAGGGACUACGGGACUCGGGAGCUACCUUGACCCUGGUGGCCCCUCAUUUGGUACCAGAUACCGCGCACACCGGCGGGUCUGUGGCAGUACGGGUGGCGGGGGGAGCCAUGUACCGCCUACCCACUGCGAAGGUAUAUUUGAACUGGGGUGUGGGGAGGGGGUCGUGGAAGUGGCUAUUAUGAAAAAAUUACCCGCGGAUGUCGUAUUGGGGAAUGACUUGGGCCGAAUGAUGUCUGCAUUUGUACCUCAGGCCCCUCUGCAAGAGGCGCAUCCGGUGACUACUCGACAACAGGCUCGCACCAUGGUUCCACAAACACACUCUGAGGCUCAGGUAAGAGACCGUGACUCCCCCUGACCUAUAUGACCUGGGACACCCCGACCGUCUUUGAAGCCGAGGUCCAGACAGACCCCACGUUACAGAUAUACAGGGAUAGAGUAAGUAAUGAUCAGGCCGGGCUGGAGGGGGAGCGGUACAUUUGCGAGAAAAAGCUAUUGUACAGGAUAGCCGAGAGGGUGAUAGGGGGCUCUGUCACAGUGAAGACCAAGCAGUUGGUAGUUCCCCAAAAAUAUAGACCGGAGCUGUUGAGGAUAGUUCACGAUAUUCCCCUCUCUGGGCAUUUAGGUAUGACCCGUACCCGGUACCGGCUGACACACGCCUUUUUCUGGCCGGGAAUUUCCAAGGAUGUGAGGCACUACUGUACCUCCUGCGACGUGUGUCAGCGGGUAGGUAAGAGGGGGGACCGCCACAAAGCGAAACUGUGCCCCCUUCCCUUCACUGAGGAGCCUUUUAGCUGUGUAUCCGUAGACAUAGUGGGGCCGCUACCCAAGCCUAGCCCCUCUGGGAAGCGGUAUAUCCUAACCGUGGUGGACUACACCACCCGGUACCCGGAAGCUAUCGCCCUAUCUAAUAUACACGCUGAAACAGUAGCGGAGGCCCUGAUGAAAAUCUUCUCUAGGGUAGGAUUUCCUCAGGAGAUAAUCUCUGAUAGAGGGACCCAAUUUACAGCCGAGGUCACUCAGCAAUUAUGGAAGGUAUGUGGCAUUAAGCCAAUCGUAAACUCCGCUUACCAUCCCCAAUCCAACGGAUUAUGUGAAAGAUUCAACGGUACCCUAAAACAGAUGCUCCGUACGUUCGGAGAGACCCAUAAGGACUGGGAACGAUUCCUUCCCCAUUUGUUGUUUGCUUAUAGAGAAGUACCUCAGGAAUCUACCGGCUUUUCUCCAUUUGAGCUGUUGUUUGGGAGACGGGUACGGGGACCGUUGGACCUGAUUAGAGAGCAUUGGGAGGGAGAGAGUAGUGCAGAUGGAACCCCUAUUGUGCCAUAUGUGCUGGCGUUCAGGGACUGCCUGAAGUAAUUGACCCAGACAGUACGAGCUAAGGAAGUCAUAUUUCAAUUACUACAAAUGUAGUAUUUUGAGUUGUUUGGUGUAGCCACUUUAGAAUGGCUAGCGUAAACAGGGACAGGCCAAGGUCAGGGGAAUCCAGAAGUCAGAGUAGUCAGUAAAACAAGCCAAUGGGUCUGUACAGGCAGCUAACAAAGCGUAGUCAGGACAAGCCAAGGUCAGAAAUCCAAAGAAAUCAAGCAAACAAACUGCCAAAGUCCCAUACAGAGUGAUUCAGAAGUUCAGCUCUGUAUGGUAGACUUUGAAACAGUCUGUUAUGCAGAGGGCGGGUAGAGAUGGGCAGGUUGGGCAAUAAUAACUGGAGUCCUUUCGGACUCCUUUCUUGUAGCAAACACAGCACUUUCUUUGGGGAGCUUUUUUACUGGAGGUGGGUGGGAUUCGGGAAGGGAAGUGUUUGCCACAAAGCUGGGUAAAUAACAUACGGGACAAAAGGCUCAGCGUGAAUUCUAGGAAAGGGCAGGGCUUACCUAUGACCUCUUUUUUAAAGAGGACAUAGGCAUUGAAAAUUGCAAUCUGGCUCACGUAGAUUGCAAUUUUCUUGUACCAGGUCCUAGUUUUUCGGUUCAACAGAUAGGACUGUAUGCAUUGGUCAGCCAAGUCUACUCCCCCCAUAAACUUGCUGUAGUCUACAAUGCUCUUCAGCUUUUCCAGAUGCGCAGUGCUACCUGUGACGGAACCUUCCGUUAAUGGACGCUUCCUAGCAUUGCGCCGAGGACCACAAGCACCGCACUGGACACACAACCACCACAGACUCCACAACCGCCGUAGCUUAACUGGAGUCUCGCCGUCUUCUGUCCACCCUUGAUCAGCUUCUGUCCUCCAGGACCGUGUGGGGAAGACCUCUCCUCCAGGAGAGCGUAACAGGAACAGCUCUUAAAAGAGCUAAGUGAUUAAAAGCUAAAGGGAGUAUGCAGAGCAUAGCAAUCCCCAGUGUGAUUAUAGCAGUUCCCUCCACUAACGAGACAAGGCUACGUAUUGAGGGUCAAGAAGAUCUGUAUUACCUGGCACCAAAGGGCCUUCUUUUAUGCAGUUUUUUCUUACAUAGGACCACCCACAGGGUUUUACAGAACAACCAAUAACACACGUACAUUACAGAAAACACUCCCAGCAAUUACCCACAAAAUCCUCCCCUCUAAUUAUGGUACACAAUGCUUAAAGGACCACUAUAGUGCCAGGAAAACAUACUCGUUUUCCUGGCACUAUAGUGCCCUGAGGGUACCCCCACCCUCAGGGACCCCCUCCCGCCGGGCUCUGGGGAGAGGAAGGGGUUAAACGUAACACUUUCUCCAGCGCCGGACGGGGAGCUCUCCUCCUCCUCUUCGGCUGAAUGCGCAUGCGCGGUAGGAGCUGCGCGCGCAUUCAGCCAGUCUCAUAGGAAAGCAUUCAUAAUGCUUUCCUAUGGACGCUUGCGUCUAGCGGCUGUCGGCUGUUUCAAUUUAUAAAUUUAGCAGUUUCUCUGAAACUGAUAUGUUUAUAAAAAAAAGGGUUAACCCUAGCUGGACCAGGCACCCAGACCACUUCAUUAAGCUGAAGUGGUCUAGGUGCCUAUAAUGGUCCAUUAACAUAAUUAACACAGGCAGGAAAAAUACAGUUUUUAUACAUGUACUAUAACUUUAAAAAUGUACGUCCAAUCUUUAUACAUACAUAUUCAGAAUCAGCACACUUUAAAUAUAAACACUCAAAAAUCAGACAAAUCCAUCCAGUAGAUAAAAAGGUAGCCGGAAGUCCUUUAUGACCGACCACGAGCACAUUUUCCUGCCCAAAACUGUUCCAUAGAUUUGGGCUGCGCGGUCGGUCUACUUCAGGCUGAAUGGGACUUAGUCUCUGCAGCUGAAAGUUCAGCAUGGGAGAAGGUACAGGUCAGCGGUGUUCGCGGAAAUGUGCAGCCGAUUUUAGUUCCAUGAAUUUGGCUGCACACACCGCUGACCGUAUUUGAAUGAAUAAAGAUGGCGCCGCCACGUGUUCGUUUGCGCGAACAGCGGCCACCCAGCGUUCGGCAAUUUACCUACAGCAGGCUCCCAACCUGGGAGGUAAAUUGCCUGCACACUUCCACUUCUGGCUGGUCCGCCUGUGUGGUACUUGGUUCAGUAAGCCCCAUUUACUGAACCAAGUGGGAAAUAGCCAGGAACAAAGGGAUUUAACCAGGUCGCCAGGAUGCGUUGCUUGCUCCAGUAGGACCUGAUACUGGGCUUUUAAACUAUACCCAUCAUUAGGGUUAAAGCCCAAAACCGCUUCAUCUCUGCGACAUCCAUGGGUCUCCACACAGUCAUGCGACUAUAAUGGAUGUGCAGAGAGAUACUGCAUGGCAAACAAAUUUGUUUGCUGAGCCAUGAGCUCAAAUACAUCGUCCGACAUAAAGAUCUCAAAUAAACGAAUUGGCUCGCAGUCGUACACUGUUACAGUGAUGCCAGGUGUAACAGUGAACAGCUGUAUUUCUGGGGCCUUCAUGUUUGGAGGCACCAAGUCUACGUCUGGCAUUGGGCUUGCUGAGCGUCCUCUUGUGAGUGGUGGAGGGGCACCAUCACUUGAGAUCACACUCAGAGGCUCAAUGUCAGAGGCAGUGAUAGUGUCACUGUCUUGCAGAGUGUCACUAUCACUGCCUGCCAGAAUGGCAUACGCCUCCUCAGCUGAGUAGUGACGUGCCAUUCUAGGGGGACAAAUUAAUUUAUAUACUAAGGGGGUAAUUAAUUAUAAUCUGCCUGCCUAACACCUACUACCCGCCUUCAAAAAAUAAUAUAAAUGUACUGAUCACAGUAUAGGCAGCUGCAAUCAGUACUGAAAGGGUUAUUUCUAUUUUUUCAUCUAUAAAAAUAACCCUAAAAAAAGGUCAGUCUGAUCAGAGAGCCCUCUGAUCACAGUGAUCACUGAUACAGUACUGUACUGCAGAUAUACUGUACAGUACAGUGAUCAUGGCAGCGGUGAAAGGGUUAAGGGAGAUUUGGGUUGCUGCGACUGACACAAAGGGUCAAAAAAAAUUACACACCCCAAAAAAUUAAAUAUAGUACAAAAGUACUAAAUGCCCUAAUCAGUCUGAUGACAGUAAUAUGCUGUGAUCAGCACUGACAGGGUUAAAUAAAAUAAUUAAAAAAUUUUUUUUUAUAAAGUAUUAAAACUUUUUUCUUCACAGGAUCAGCUCAACAACAAUCUCUCUGCCUCUCUCUCUCAGAUCGAAGUGAGGGGCAGAGACAAUGUGUCAGCCAGUGAUUUAUGAUCAUUGGCUGACACAUACUAACAGUAACUGGCUGUCACUGUGAUAACCUCCUACAGAUCGGGGUAAUUGGCCACAGGGGGAGUGCCUGGGUGGUACAGACAUGCCCCCCACCGUGAUCUGUAGGGGGCUAAUGGCUGCAGUUACAUGUGUCAGCCAAUUUCAAAUCGGCUGACACAUGGUAAAUACCGAUCGCAGUGACAGCCUGUCACUGCGAUUGGAAGCUACAGACUGCGGUCUCCGGGGGCCAGGCAUGCCCCCCGACCACGAUCUGCAACGGGGUAAUGGCGCCAGCCACGUGGGCGGCAAGAACGGCUAGGACAUUCUAUGCCCUUAUGCCGCCCGCCGUCCUUAAGGGUUUUAAAAAUAUAUACGUGUGAAGGGCUAUUCAGGGAUUCCUGACAGAUUUCAGUGUUACAAUGUAACUUGUGUUAAUUUAGAAAAAAAAUGGUUUGGAAAUAGCAAAAUGCUACUUGUACUUAUUGCCCUAUAACUUUCCAAAAAAAGCUAAAAACAUGCUAACAUUGGGCAUUUCUAAAUUCAGGACAAAAUGUAGAAACUAUUUAACACCUAUUUAGGUGUUUUUUGGCAGUUGUAGAUGCGUAACAUUUUGGGGGUCAAACUUAGAAAAAGUGUGGGUUUUUUUAUAGUAAAUUAUAUGAUAUGAUGAAAAUAAUGGUAUCUGUAGAAAGACCAUUUAAUGGCGAGAAGAACGGUAUAUAAUAUGUGUGGGUACAGUAAAUGAGUAAGAGAAAAAUUACAGCUAAACACAAACACCGCAGAAAUUUAAACACAGCCCUGGUCCUUAACAGUAAGAAAAAUGAAUAACAGCCUGGUCAGUAAGGGGUUAAACUGAGUGAAUAGGUCCCUAUUCUCAAUACAAAGCUGACACAACAGGUUGCUUUUUCCAUCAGUUACUCAGUAGGAGCCAUGGGAACAGCUGCAGGGCUCUAAACACUGCACUGUCCAACCAGCGAGGCUGCUAAUAGACACACUGGCUCUCACUACAGGUAAACAAUGACAGAUUACUAAGGCUGUAAACACAAGGCCAGGACAUGCCCCGCUGUCGCUAUGGUUACGAUCCUCCAAGCCAGCCGCGCGGCGCUUCUCCAGCACGAGCCAGAAAGUCACCAGGAAGAGCAGCCCACUGACACCAUGACGUCAUCCACAUCGCCCCUCCUACUUUGCGCAGCCAGCUGUUACCAGGGAGACGAGUCACACACGGAGCGGGGAAGCUGGGCAGGUUUGUACGUCAUGUGACACCGGUGGGAAAGACAGAACCUCAGAGACCAGGUGAGAGCCCACAUACAGGAUGGCAUAUUGUAUAGCGUUAUAGGGGCUGGCUGAGAGUGAUUAUACAGCAUGGCACAGUGCAUAGAGUUAUAGGGUCUGGCUGAGAGUGAUUAUACAGCAUGGCACAAGGUAUAGAGUUAUAGGGGCUGGCUGAGAGUGAUUAUACAGCAUGGCACAGUGUAUCGAGUUAUAGGGGCUGGCUGUGAGUGAUUAUACAGUAUGGCACAGUGUAUCGAGUUAUAGGGGCUGGCUGAGAGUGAUUAUACAGUAUGGCACAGUGUAUCGAGUUAUAGGGGCUGGCUGUGAGUGAUUAUACAGCAUGGCACAGUGUAUAGAGUUAUAGGGGCUGGCUGUGAGUGAUUAUACAGCAUGGCACAGUGUAUAGAGUUAUAGGGGCUGGCUGUGAGUGAUUAUACAGCAUGGCACAGUGUAUCGAGUUAUAGGGGCUGGCUGUGAGUGAUUAUACAGCAUGGCACAGUGUAUAGAGUUAUAGGGGCUGGCUGUGAGUGAUUAUACAGCAUGGCACAGUGUAUCGAGUUAUAGGGGCUGGCUGUGAGUGAUUAUACAGCAUGGCACAGUGUAUAGAGUUAUAGGGGCUGGCUGUGAGUGAUUAUACAGCAUGGCACACAGUGUAUCGAGUUAUAGGGGCUGGCUGUGAGUGAUUAUACAGCAUGGCACAGUGUAUAGAGUUAUAGGGGCUGGCUGUGAGUGAUUAUACAGCAUGGCACAGUGUAUCGAGUUAUAGGGGCUGGCUGUGAGUGAUUAUACAGCAUGGCACAGUGUAUAGAGUUAUAGGGGCUGGCUGUGAGUGAUUAUACAGCAUGGCACAGUGUAUAGAGUUAUAGGGGCUGGCUGUGAGUGAUUAUACAGCAUGGCACAGUGUAUAGAGUUAUAGGGGCUGGCUGUGAGUGAUUAUACAGCAUGGCACAGUGUAUAGAGUUAUAGGGGCUGGCUGUGAGUGAUUAUACAGCAUGGCACAGUGUAUAGAGUUAUAGGGGCUGGCUGUGAGUGAUUAUACAGCAUGGCACAGUGUAUAGAGUUAUAGGGGCUGGCUGUGAGUGAUUAUACACAUGGCACAGUGUAUCGAGUUAUAGGGGCUGGCUGUGAGUGAUUAUACAGCAUGGCACAGUGUAUAGAGUUAUAGGGGCUGGCUGUGAGUGAUUAUACAACAUGGCACAAGGUAUAGCGUUAUAGGGGCUGGUAGAGUGAGAUUAUAGAGGUGGUGCAAUCCAGAAGUAUAGUUGCUGGCUAUAGGUGGAAACAAUGUAUAGAUUUAUAUGGGCUGGCUGACUGUGUGUAUGUGAGAUGACACAGGUGGAAACAAGGUAUAGAUUUAUUAGGACUGGCUGGCUGUGUGUGAUAAUACAGGAUGGCACAAUGGAUAAAAUUAAUAGGACUGUCUGUGUGUGAUUAUAAAACAGACAUAGGGUGAUUACACUGUACAAUGUAUAAACUAAUUGGGAAUUAAUAUAAGAGCAAGGCAAAGGUGUUUAUAAGCGAUUUAUACAGUGAAUAGUUGUAUAAAUGGUAACCAUUGCAUUGUGUUUAUCAUACAGAAAUGAUAAAUUAGUUAUCCUGUUCUUUAUUGUUCUCCAUCUGCUAAAUAUAUUUUAAAAAGCUUUCUAUUUUAGCAUAAUGUGUUAGAAUUUUUAAUGAAGUAUUGUAUAUGCAAUUUUAGUUUUUAGGGAGAACCAGGAGCUAUUUAUCGAAAUAAAUAUCUUUCUCCUGCAAUGUAGUUAAAGGGCAGUUCAUAUAGUAGUGGUCGCUGUAUGAAUCAUGCUUAUCAUAUUAUUGGGAAUGCACUCCUGAGUAACAGAUGCUUUCUCCUGCUGUUGACAUAAAAAGAACACUUAAUUUAAAAAAAACAACAACAAAAAACAAAUUGUAGUUAUUCACUAGUGAGAAUUGCUGGGAAUUCAGAGUGAAUUUCAAAUUUUAGGCCAAAGUAGUCGAAAUGGAAAAAAAAUCUCCCAGUUAGUUAUACUUCCAUUUCGCCUUCGUUGACAAAUUUGAAAUUCACUUUAAAAUAUUUACAAUUCUCAUUUUAGUAAAUAACCUGUUAGAUUAUGUACUCCGCAAAAAACAUACAUUUAAUAUUUUUUGAGAGGACUGUAAGAAAAAGGAAAUUUACAUUAGUUGGAGAACCAGUUGUUAAUUCAGAAACCUUGCGGACAAAUUGCUCAUGUGCGUGGGUAGCCUACAGGGCCGGACUGGGGAUACAAAGCAGCCCUGGAAAAAAAUUUGUGCCAGCCCCAUAAGUCACUGCGCCAUAUAUUUUCGCGUGUAAUAUGUAAGACUAUGUCUUGCCAGGACAGAUGAUUGAGUUAUAUAUAUAUAUAUAUAUAUAUAUAUAUAUAUAGCUUUUUCUAAUAUAAAAUAUUGGUCCUUUCAGGGUAAAACGUUUAAUUAUACAGUAAGCAUACUCACAUGCAGACACAGGCAAUUUCACUGACAUCUCAAUGACACACACAAGCUCAUUGAUACACAGCCUCAUAGACCAACAAUCUUACUGAUAUACAUCAGCUCAUUGACAUAAAAACAGAAGCUCACUCACUAGCAGGCACACGCAUGCAAGCAAGCUCACUCACUAGCAGACGCACACACACAGCUUAAUGUGGUGGUACUGGUGUCUAUAGCAUGUCCCUACAGGCUUUUCAAUGUAAACACUGACUUUUCAGAGAAAAGGCAGUGUUUACAUUGCUUCAAAGUGACACUGCUAGUGACAGUCACUCAGACGGUCACCAGAGGUGCUUCCUGUUUUAGUGCACCUACAUUCAGGGCCUCCACACUCUGUAGGUGCUGAACGUUCCCCAUAGAGACACAUUGAUUCAAUGCAUCUCUAUGAGGAGAUGCUGAUUGGAGUGGCGUUUUGCAGCCAAUCCUAUGGCAAAGCAUUGGAUUGGCUGAGAUCAUGAAGUUUGAUGAUCUCAGCUAUAGAGGCAGGGCCAGUCGAGGGGAGACCAGCACGCUGCGUGGCGAAAAAAAAAAAGGUGAGCAAAAACACUAUUUUUAAACACACACACACCAUGACAGACUAUGACACAGACAAACACACACCAUGGGACAGACACACACACACACACACCCCAUGACUGACAGACAGACACACACCCCAUGACGGACAGACAGACACACACCCCAUGACGGACAGACAGACACACACACACACCCCAUGACGGACAGACAGACACACACACACACCUCAUGAUGGACAGACAGACACACACACCCGAUGACGGACAGAGCCACACACACACACCCCAUGACGGACAGACAGACACACACACACACCCCAUGAGGACAGACACACACACACACACCCCAUGACGACAGAGCCAGACACACACACACACCCCAUGACGGACAGAGACACACACACACACCCCAUGACGGACAGACACACACACACACCAUACAGACAGACAGACACCAUGACACAGACAGACACACACACACACACCAUACAGACAGACACCAUGACACAGACAGACACAUACACACCAUACAUACAGACACACACACACACACACACACCAUACAUACAGACACCAUGACAGACAGACAGACACACCAUACAUACAGACAGACACCAUGACACAGACAGACAGACACACCAUACAUACAGACAGACACACACACACACCAUACAGACACCAUAACACAGACACACACACCAUACAGACAGACACCAUAACACAGACAGACACACACCAUACAUACAGACACCAUGACACAGACAGACACACACACCAUACAGACAGACACCAUAACACAGACAGACAGACACACCAUACAGACAGACACACACACACCAUACAGACACCAUAACACAGACACACACCCCAUACAGACAGACAGACAGACACACCAUACAGACAGACACACACACACACACCAGACAGACAGACACCAUGACACAGACAGACAGACACAUUACUAAUACCUGCCAGGGGGAGGUUUUCUGGGGGCCGCUGGGGGACUUGUCCUGGCGGCCGCUGGGGGAGCUGCGCUGGCUCUGCUCUCCCGCCCUCGCGCGCUGCUGAAUGAGACCGGUGCCGGAAUAUGACGUCAUAUUCCGGCGCCGGUCUCAUUCAGCUGUGCGCUGCUCUCCCGCCCUCGCGCGCUGCUGAAUGAGACCGGCGCCGGAAUAUGACGUCAUAUUCCGGCACCGGUCUCAUUCAGCUGUGCGCUGGGGAGCAGAGCCAGCGCAGCUCCCCCAGCGGCCGCCAGAAGCCCCCAGAUAACCUCCCCAGCGGCCGCCAGCAGACCCAGGGGUCUGCCCGGCCCCAGGUGCCGACAGCCCACCGGGAAAUUUCCCGGUAUCCCGGUGGGCCAGUCCGGCCCUGGUAGCCUAUCAUGCAAUUCUCCUUGCGCUUUAUUACAACUCAUUUAUAGGUAUAUGAAUUACAAACACCAAAACUGGUACAGCCCAUCACUUACACUUUGAAGUAUACUUAGUAAAAGCAGGAAAUCUUGUUGUGGGGACAAACUAAGGACUUUUACAAAAGUGACAAUCUCACUGUUAUAAAAUAAUCCUGGGAGACCUAAUGUCAAUUCUGUGCAUAAAAAAAUAUCUGUCAUCAGCACGCACUGCACGCUGCCAACAGACAUGAAAAUUUUGCGUAUGCAAGGAGAAGAAAGCUCACCCCUCCCACCCUCGCUCUCACCUCCCUCCAUGCAAAUUGAUAUAAAAAAACAAAACCUCCAUCCCUACUCUCCAUCUGUUUAGCUCCCUCCCCUUGCCAGCAUGGAACGAGUGGAUACACUCUGAGCCAGAGAAAAAGUCCAGUUACAGGCUUCCUUAUGAGAAGCCUGUGAUUGGACUGCACAUCGCCCCGGUGAAGCCGGAGGGGUCUGCGAAGGAGCAUUAAAAGGGUUGUCUUGCAGGAUUCUUCAUUGCUAAUUAGUUAAUAUAUACACCUUCUUCUGAAUUCUACAUACUACGGGGCUAUCCUUUUCAUGUACUGCCCAUUAAUAUAUAUGCAUGAUAUGUGUCCCUGAAAAACAUAGUGGAUAUGGUAACCCUACCUGUAAAGAACUUCAGAAAACUAAAGUGCAUUAGGUGCGUGGAGUGUACCUUUUAAUUAAAGGGACACUUCAGCCCAGUAAAGCACUUUAACUUGCCAAAGUGCUUUAUCUGUAAAUAGUGUGUUAUCUUUUAUUAUUACAAAAGUGAAGAGUUCAAUAGAAAUGUAUACUUUUAUAAAUUAACCUUGUUACACCCCCAGGCUGUCAUUCAGGCAACCGGUUCUGUUACUUCUGGUUGUUUAACUCUGGCGUAGAACAAGUCACAGUAGUUGUAAAUGGUGGUGGUUGUCUGCAAGUGUGAAUCCCAUUAAAGUCAGGUAGCCUUGGACAUGUACAUUGAUAAUAUACUAAGAUUGACAGACCCUGUGUUGCCAAAAUUUCAAUUCCUGCACAUUACUGCCUCAGUGACAGCCCACUUACCAUAUGUCUUGAUUUUAGAAGCACAGUCAAUGUCUGCAUUAUUCAGUAGGAUUGGAAGCCAGUGAAGCCUCGCACAAAAUCUGUACUCAAGCUGCUCCUCUAGCAUGUAAGCUUGUUUGAGCAAGGUCCUCAACCCCAUCUGUUCCCGUGCGUCUAACUUGUCUGUAAGUCCAACCAUUGUACAGUGUUUUGGAAUCUGUUGGCGCUAUAUAAAUAAUAAUAGUGUACUUCACUUAAAGAGGAACCAUCACGCCUCGGAAUUCCAAUAUUAUCAGAGUUAUUCUCUAAAGUGAGAAUACAAAGGGAAUUUAAAAUUUAAUGCCAAACUAUCCGAAAUGAAAAUCUUCUCUAAGUUAGUUAUGUUUCCAGUUUUGACUACUUUGGCUUUAAAUUGGAAAUGCACUUUACAUUCUCACUUUAGUGAAUAAUCCUGUAACAGUUUGGAAAGUCUGAAAAUAUUAAACAUUGACAUCCAAACCGCUUUAUCCUGGAGUGAGUGCCUCUAUCUUGUGUCUGUCAGUCUUUGUCAUAAAGCUAUUUAAUUUAUUUUAUUAUUUUUUUCACAAAUUGAUUGUUUGGAUUACAUAUAAUUUGCAGAUGGGAAGUGAUCACAAUUUGCUCCUUCAAAUGAUCUGCAAAUCAAUGUUGGCAACUUAAUAAAUUAAGUGCACAUUGACAAUUUCUGGAUUUCUGUCUGUGAGUCAGACACUAUAAUCACCCAGACCACUUCAUCUUAUUGAAGUGGUCUGGGUGCAGUGACCCUGUCCCCUUUAGCCCUGCAAUGUAAAACAUUAGUGUUUUAGAGAAACUGCAAUGUUUACAUUGCAGUACUAAGACUGCAGCGCUUCCUGGAGUUUCAUGGAGUUAGACUCUGUCAAUCGAUCUUGGACAUCCUCAUGCUACAUGAGGCCUUCCAGCUUCAGAUAAAACACCAUGGGAAAGCACUGAGGCAGUGCUGUCCUAUAGGUAAGGACUAAUGAGCGACAUCGGAUGACAUCGGAGGAGGCAGAUGGCGACCCAGCGCCGAGGUACAUUGGUGCUAAAAUCAGGGGGGUGAAUAAACGGUUAUUUAAAGGGUCAGGAAUCCUUGUUUGACGUCACCGGCGCCGAAUGCGCAUGCACGGUACUGCCGCGCGCGCAUUCAAAGUGUCCGCAGGAAAGCAUUUUUCAAUGCUUUCCUAUGGACGCUCUGCGUGAUUGAGGCAUAAUAUGCCUCAGUCAUUGCCGAUGCGCCUCUAGUGGCUGUCCGGAAGACAGCCACUAGAGGCUAGCUUAACCCCAGAUGUAAACAUAGCAGUUUCUCAGAAACUGUUAUGUUUACAUCAGGCAAGGUUAACCUUAGAGGGACCUGACACCCAGACCACUUCAUUGAGCUGAAGUGGUCUGGGUGCCUAAAGUGUCCCUUUAACCCAUUACAACAUGAGGGCGGGGGCAUUUGGGCUGUGGAACACAUUGGUAUUAGGAAUACAUCUUUGUAUUCCUAACACUAAAAUGUUUCUUUAAGUACUGGCUGUAAUUCAUUGCCUUCUUAAAAUAUUAUAUGGUUUUAUGUUAUUGUAGAGAAAUGGUUCUUCAAUUCUACCCCAUAUACAUUAAAUUCACAAAUUCAAGUCUGGUACGACUUAACUAAAUCACUCUUGAAAAUGUCAACAAUAAAAAGCGAUAUUAUCUUAUGCUUUAUUGACGCAGAAGACGACCGUUCAUAAAGAGCAGCUUGAAAUUAGUUGACAUCGCCAUCCCUUUUGCUGUUUUAGUUUACAUUCAGAUGUCAUUUCUAUGAAAGGGACAGUAAAUAUAAAAGAAAAUCAACCAGAGAGCUUUACCUCAUUAUGCAUGGUGCCUUACCUCUCGCUGUUUGGCUGGAACUUGUCACCACUAAACAGUGCAAGGCACAUGUGCAACUAAACACACUUGUGUCUGUAUCUUUUGAAGCAGCUGGACAGUCCAAAUGAUAUGUUUUUCUAUGUCUGCCUGAGGAUAUAGUGGAAACAUAUUUGACUUUGACAAUUUUUCCAGUUAUGCUAUUAUGGUCUUAAAUUUGAAAUUCACAUUGAAUUGGGACAGCUCUGUGUUUUAUUUGUUUUAUAAUUCUUUGUCCGGCCAUUUGACAUAAACUUUGGAUAUAUCACACUGCACCAUACCCAGUAAAACAAACUAUCAUGAUAAUGGUCCUUAGUAUGCCCUUUUAAUGUGCAUUCUUGGUUCAGCAUCACUGUUCUGUGAACGUGUCAUAAAGGGCAGAAUAUGAAUUACACUCAAAUUAUAUAUAUAUAUAAAAAAUAAAACGUUACCAAGGACAGGACUCCUCUUAGAAUGCAGAAUGCUUAAUUACAAUAUUUUCUAUUGGUCUUGAAAUGUCCUCUAACUGUUUCCUGGGUAAUUAAUCUCUAAUCUUAUAUAAGGCGAUUAGCUUUUAGUCACUAAAACCAUGCAGCAGUCUGUUCACAAUUGGAUUUUCCUAUCUUAUUUUAGACUUCACAGAUAUGUUGAAUUAUUUCAGCUGUCUGGAUUCGAAUUACCUCUAUGCUGGGAAUUAUUGUUAAUUAGAUACUUAAGAGGUUCAUUUUCCAGACAAUAUAUUUUUGGGGAAUUGACAACUAAACUGUAAUAGUUACACUAAAACAACAAAGUUUUUCUCCAAAAACGCAACCAUAGCUAUUUGAUAAGUUGACUAUUGUGCAGUUUAGUUGGAGCAAUCUGAAUAAAAUGGUGACACUUGCCGUUGCAUAACUCCCAAUAGUCUAAAGAUGUGCUAGCAAUGCGCUUGAUAGGGACUUAGUCUCUGGUAUCUCUUGAACCUGGAGAGCAAACCCAGGAAGAAGAGACAGGAGCCCAAGGGACAGGACUCAGGGCUGUUGGGAGAUAUGUGAUUGAAACUGUAACACUCACUGAAUUCAGACAGACUUGGACAUUAAUAACCUGGUUUUGCCCAAAUUUAGGAGGACCAUGCAUUUUCUUCCAGAUCAUUAAAUAGAAUAAUUGAACUGGUAAUAUCACCAUCUAUUCAGUACAGGAUUGUGAAAACUUGAUCUGCCCAUUUGUGCAUGUGUGUUUUUAAACAUGUGUAUAUAAAUGUUCCUUGCCAAUUUUAGGUACUAUGUGUCAUAUUGCCUGACCGGGCCCGGUUGGCGUAAUCGCGUUUCCGCGCCUGAACAGCGCUGACAAAUAGAUAAUAAACUUAUCUCUUGCUGGGUGUCCCUAUGCUACAUGGCUGGAAGUCGCGCUGGCAUUUCCAUGGAUGCCGGCUGCUUCCACAAGCAGCGAUUUAAAGUCAGACACAAAUUGCACGCACGUUUUGGCGUCACCAGGUCCCAUCAACCAAUGGGAACCCUACUUAGGCUAUUUAAACUCACUUCACCAAUUGUUUGAUGCCCUGUCGUGGUUUCCAUUUUGUGGUAAAUCCGCGUUUAUUUCUUGUAUUUUCUGGCAUUUUGACCACGGCUUAUCUUUGACUAUUCUCCCUUCUGAUUGUCCUUGACCUUUGGCUUUUCCAUACAUUUAUUGUAAAUUCUGUAUCCCUGACCUCGGCUUGUCUUGUACUAUUCUUGGUGCGCUUAAUCCGGCCAUUCUAAGGUCUGGUAAUACACUUGUUGUUCUUUUAGUAUUUGCUUUUCUUAUAUUUUCCAGUCUGUACGUGACACCAUGGUGCUUCUCCACCUCUUAAAGUAUUGUUGUUAACCAUGAACAUAGUGCAUGUGUUUGUUUUAUAUGUGAGAGUGUUUUAUCUCUUUAUACUGUAUUGUCAUUUUAAUUGAGUCACCCCACUAUUUGUUACAGUAGUGUUUGUUUUAUGAGUUCAUUGACAACCAUUUAGAAAUUUAACUUUGUGUGCUAUUUAGAGAGUUUAGCUGUCGGGAAUGUCCAGGCGCUCCUAUUACAUUUGUGGCAUUUUAAAAUAUAAUGGCAACGAUAAUUAAAGAUAAUGUGGACCUCAGGUAUCACUGGAUAGCAGCAUUGACAAGAUAUCAUCAUAUGCUGUAACUUUGAACUGCCUGUGUAGCUGCACUUAACUGUAACCCAAGUUAGCACAAGUAGGUCACAACAAGUAACAAAAGUUGAAAGUGGAUUACAUUUUAAGGUGUUCUGGGCAGCGUUGCAGAUUAUUGUGCAAUAUCAAGCUUCCUUGUAGCCACUUUGAACAAAGGUAACUAAUCAACUAACAUAAGUGCACACCAUCAGGGGAUAUACAGUUGUAAAUCAAAAGGAUUCAACCCCAUUUAAAAUCGGAUUUAUUGUCAAAAUGUAUAGACUUUCAGCUGUUGACACAUCCCGAAUUUUGACUUUCUUUUGUCAGCUCUUGUCUUUUAGGGUAUCCAUUCUGGCAGCAAGUAGGGGGAAUCUUGCAGGUGCUGUAUUUAUUCCCCUUGAGUCAUCAUGCCUUGCCUCAGGUCAGCAGUGUCCUCCUCAUAUGCUCGGAGGCGUUCUGUGUCUGCUUGUAAUUCAGUUUUUACCAGAUUGAUUUCUGCAAAGAACAUGUCCUGGAAGUGUGCCAGUAAGUUGUGUAUGUCCUGCUUUACAGGGCCGGACUGGCCCACCGGGAUACCGGGAAAUUUCCGCGGCACCUGGGGCUGGGCUGACAGCCCUAUUCAUCAGUGAUAAGGCUCCUGCAAUCCCGGCCGGCCAUGUGCGAGCUGUGCGGCCGCACAGGGCCCUAUGGGAGCAGGGGGAGCCAGGCGGCCGGCACACAUGGCUGGCCGGGAUAAAAAUAAAUAAAUUAUAUAUAAUAUAUAUAUAUAUAUAUUGGGGGGGGCGGAGCUUAGUGGGCGGCAGAGGCCCUGGUAACUGCAGCAUCUGAAGCAGGAAGGAGUCCCUGCUUCCCCAACAACCAGUCUCCACUCUCCAGGAGCUGCAAGGUAUGUGGAGGUAAGAAGCAGGUCAGUGUGUAUGUGACUGCCUGCCUGUGAGUGUGUGACUGCCUGUGUGUGUGUGUGACUGCCUGCAUGCCUGUGUGUGACUGCCUGCCUGUGUGUGUGUGACUGCCUGCCUGUGUGUGUGUGUGUGUGUGUGUGACUGUCUACCUGUGUGUGUGACUGUCUGCCUCUGUGUGUGUGGAUUUCUUUGUGUGUGUGCAUCUGCUAGUGAGUGAGUGAGCUUCUGUAUGUGUGUGUGUGUGUGUGUGUGUGUGUGUGUGCGCGCAACUGUUAGUGAGUGAGCUUCUAUGUGUGUGUGCAUCUGCUCGUGAGGGAGCCUCUGUGUGUGUACGCCUGCUAGUGAGUUUGUGUGUGUGUGUCUGUUAGUGAGUGAGCUUGUAUGUGUGUCAGUGAGCUUGUCUGUAGGGAUCCUGUGUGUGUGUGUGUUAGUGAGCUUGUCUGUAGGUAACUGGAUGUGUCUGAGCCUGUCUGUGGUGAGCAUUUGUGUGCAGUGUGCUUGUCUGUAGUAAGCAUGUGUGUGAUCGUGAGCUUGUCUGUAGUGACCAUAUGUGUGUCAGUGAGCUUGUCUGUUGAGAGCAUGUGUGUGUCAGUGAGCUUGUCUGUAGUGAAUCUGUGUGUUAGUGAGCUAUUCUGUAGGGAGCAUGUGUGUGUCAAUGGGCUUGUCUGUAGGGAGAGUGUGUGCACAUCAGUGAGCUUGUCUGUAGUGCGUGUGUGUGUGUGACAGUGAGCUUGUCUGUAGUAAGCUUGUGUGUGUAUCAGAGUUUGUCUGUACUAAAUUUGUGUGUGUACCAGUAACCUGGUUUGUGUGUGUCAUUGAGAUUGUCUGUCAAUGAGCCUAUUUGUGUGCAUCAGUAAGAUUGUCUGUGUCUGCAUGUGUGUAUGCUUUACUGUUUAAUUAAAUUAUCUAACACACACUACAUGUGCUUAUGGGGCUGGCAAAGAUUUUUUUCCAGGGCUGCUUCGUAUCCCCAUUUGGGCCCUGCUGCUUUGUCCAAGGUGUUUAUGUUCCAAGCGCAGCCCGGGCUUCGUCUGUAGGUGCUUUCUCCCGUACCAUGCUGGGAGUUGUCUCAGGCUGGUGUGGCGAUGUCCCCCGGGUGCGUGGAGUCGAGGACAGCAUCUGGCCAAUAUCAUGGUUUGAGAGAGUUGCUGUCGUCGCCUGCUUCUGGGAUUUGCAGCCUUUCAUGUGUUCCGUUGGUUCCAUAGGUGGGCUGGCUGUAAGUGGUGCCGGGUCAAAGUCGUCUCCGUCCCAGAGGUUAAUGUGCGGCAGCCACGGGAUUCCCGCGCGGUAGGCCUGAGGUACUCUGCGCCCGAUUUUGGUGCCUCCCGUGCAUAAAAAAAGGCAUCCACGGGACCCGUGUGUUAUCCCCAGCACUGCUAUCACUGUUAGGGCCCUGGAUGUCGGGCAGUUCGUGAGUUUGGGGCAAUAAUUUGCUUCAGUGGCGGGAGCUGGGGGAGAUUGCAUCUGCUCCUCCCCAUUUGCUGUUAUGAGGAGCUGCAAAUGAGUUGCAUAGCCAGGCACCAGCUUCUGGCAGCUUUCCUGACUAAUCUUACUCAUGAGCAAAGGCCUCCAGUUUGGUAAUAUUCUUAGCUUUGAGUGCUACAACUGCCUUCUUCAAAUCCCACCAGAGAUUUUCUCUGGGGUUCAAGUCACGUGACUGUGAUGGCCACAGUAGAAUUUUCCAGGAUUUCUUCUGCAAUCAAGUCUUAAUGGAGUUCGAGGUAUUCUUGGGAUCAUUGUCCUGUUGGAAGGUCUAAUGACGCCCAAGCUUCAGCUUCCUCACAAAUGGCAUAAUGUUUUCUCCUAGGAUUUCCUGAUACUUUAAUGCUUCAUUCUUCUUCCUCCAGGCAUACUUCUGAUCCACUGGGCCAAAAAGUUCCAGUUUUGUUUAAUUGCUCCACAGAACAGAAGUCCAAAAUGUCAGUGGCUUAUUUAUAUGUUUUGGAGCACAUUAGAGUUGACUUUCUCAUGCUUUUGGGUCAGUACUGGUGUAUGUGUUGGAGUUCUGUCAUGGAAACCUCCUGCAUUUAUUAUGCACCUCACUGUGCUUACUGAAACCUCAGUGUCUGUUUCCACAAAGUCUUUCUGCAGGUCUUUUGCAGUCACUCAAGGAUUUUUUACAACCUGUCUUCUCAGAAAUCUGGUUGCAGUAAUUGACGGCUUACAUUUUCUCCCUCAUCCAGGUAGUGUAACUACUGUUUCUUCAACUUUAAACUAUGCUUCCAUCUGUGUCUCUAGGAACAUUCAGUGCUUUUGCUAUCUUUUUGUAUCAUGUUACUUGUUUGUGAUGGGCGAUGAUCUCGCCUUUUAACUUUCUGGAUCAUUCUUUUGACUUAGCCAUAUGUCUAACAUGCAGUCAAACUUGACACUCAAGAAACCCCUAGCCAGUUCAAGCGUUUCUAGGGUUCCAACUCAAGCACACCUGGUGCAACUAAUGAAUUCCUUGAUUACCUGUUUUACACAAAACCCCAGCUGCUUGGAGCUAUGUGUGGGAAUACAAUAAAAAGUGUUCUUUCUUUCACCUCAAAUUGCUACUGUACUGUAAGCUUAGCAAACAUAUUGAAGCAACUUACUUGGAAAAUAAUGUCAGGGUUAUUCACUAAACUGCACAUUUUAACAAAUUAAAACUCAUUGGAAAACUGAGGCUAAAAUGGCUUUGCUGUGACUGUGUAUGCUGAAACUCAGAUGGGGAGUAUAAGAAGGGGCCUGACAUGGAGUGUGUGAAAGUGAUACCGUGAUGUAAGGUGAGAAAAUGGAAUUGACAUGGAGUUUUGAAGAAAAGGACUGAUAUGGGGCAGAAGUAGAGCAAUACAAUAGGUAGGAGCUGAGAAGUGCAGUAGUGAACUGAAGUAGAUUGGUCUAUCUCAUUUAGAGGAAGAUUGUUGAUAGGGAGGGGAAACGAUAUGUGCAAAGUAGAUAAAGACUUUUUAUGAAAUAAGAUAUCAAGUAGGGUUAGUUACUAAGCUAUCUGUACAUUUUAGAAAAUUAAAUCUGAAUGAGUAAAUGGAAGCUUAAUUAUCUGGAAGAAUUUUGCAACUCUGUUAAAGUCACAGCAUCCAUUUUUUUAAAUCGUUUUAUUUUGCUAAAAUUUGCCGUUUAGUAAAUAAGCCUGAAAAUCUUUUCCUAGUAAGUUGCUUGACACCACACACCAUUUUUGUGUUUCUUCCAUUAAUAAUCUCUAAAUUAUUUACAAAAAUAUUUACUGAGGUUAUGACCAUAAGUAAUUAGUCAUUGAUUCUCAGUCAUGUAAUCUCACUUGUAACAUGUUUUUACUCAACACUGUUAGUGGUUGUAAAAUAUGUUCAAUGGCAGAGUAAUGUUUAGGGAAACCGUAACUAUAGCACUGCAAGCCUCAAUAACAUAUCAGCCGAUCAAGUGUACCAGCUGUUUAUUGGCUCCUGAUAACCCUUUUGUCCUUUCAAAUCGAGAGCCAAUAAAUAUAAAAAAAUUUCACAUAUUUUCCAUUGCAAUUAUUGGAUUUGGUGAUGCACUCAUCAUUUAUUGAGGAGAUCAUCUUCUCUAAAAGGCACUAGCAGCCAACUAUAACCCUUGUAUUAGUAAAAAGGGAGAUUUGAAACCACCCAUGUCUGCUAAAUAGCAGGGGUCAAUGUACCCUGAGGUUGCAGGCUACUGCUGCGGCUAAAAAAAAAACCUCCGAAAUUGAAAAGUUGAGAAAAACUGGGUCAGCCAGGUGGGGAGAGGAGCAAGAGAGGAGCACAGGAGGCAGUUUUACGAUGCUAGCGAGGUACUACCAUUUCUGUGUCCUUCUCAAUUAGCUCCAAACUGUUACUAGUAUAAUACUCUGCCUGGCGUGGACUGCUAUGUAACCCUAACUCCCAAGCAAUAACUGAAGCUUGUGGCAGGUAGAGAAUGUUUGGGUUGGUAUUCAGGCUGCCCCUUGCCUGUUACCCAAAAGUCUUCCAAAAAGAGCAGGAAUGAGCCUGUGCAUCACACUGCAUGGCUUUCCUGCCCACCUUCCCACUCCCGACACCAGGGAUAUGAUAGCACACUAGACCGUGUUUUGUAUUUAAGGGUGUCAAAUUGAAUGUGUGUGUGUAAGUAACAUUGUGUAUGUCAGUCAGAGUGUGAGUUUUACUUUAGCAUAAAUCCCCCCAUGCAUUGAACUUAUAAUUUAUCACAGAGAUAAAUUAUGUUAUAUUCCCGAUACCACUGGCGGCCGGGUUGGGCAGCACAAACCCCGUUAGAACUGUAUUAUGCACAAAGUAUAACUGCAAGAUACCAUGGACCUGCAACCUACUUGUGAUACCAACUAGGCACUGUCAUGUAUGCCUUUUCCUUUCUGUAAACCCAAAAACCUUUUUAAUUUUUAAUUUAUAUUCUUUAUUUUUGUCGUGCGAAUGAUGACAAAGUAAGCUUGCGGAGAAACAACAGCAGUCCCAAGCACAGCAAUAACAGAUGGUAUUAAAUAUUGUCAUGACAUUAAGAGAAACCGCACACUUUUUUAAUAAUAAUUACAGGUAUGUUAAAUACGCCAUGACAUCGCAAUUAUGCGUAGUAGAAGCAUUGAAUGUAACAUGGCCCAUAAAACCUCAGCACUUUUUUUGUGUGUUGGUAACAAAAAUUGUGAAAACAAAAUAAUAUGCAAGUGAAGAAGUCCUGACUAGCUGAGUGGUGGCAGAUAGGUAGUGAGUGCUAACUAGUCGUAAGUGAGUAAGACAAGGGUAUCUCAUUGACUUUAGUUUUGUUUUCAAUGUCUUAUAUAGGAUUCGCCCUGAGCAGGUAUGUGAUCGGUAAAUAUGUGCGUUAUAUAUUCUCGCGGACCCAGUCUUAGAGGGCAGUGGAGGCACAGCAUAUGUGCACAUGGGAUGAUUCUCCAGGCUACAACUGGUAUUUGGGAUGUAGUUAUUUGGGAGGCCCAUUGGAAUGGUGAGAGCAAAGUGGGUAACGGUGCUUUCAAUGUGGAGCAUCAAAUGGCGUGAUGCUUCAAGCCUUGGUUUAAAUAACCCAAAAACCUUUUAAAUAAAGAAUUAAUUUUUUAUUUUUUUAAAUUUAAAUAUUUAGCUAUAAACUGACCUCAACCAUCAGCAUCGCCAUGCCCACAGCUUUGUGGGUGUUUCACCCACCUCCCAUCCACCUGCAGUCUGUUUUCAUGUGCCCUGCUUGGGGACACAGCAAACCAACACAUUGGCAUCAUUGUCAGCAUGCUGGCGUCUAAACCUGUACUUCCAAACCAGCACUAGCAUCAUUGGCUAAAGUGGAUCCAUAGCAUCCACAGUUCAUGCACUGUUUGCUAUGCUUAGAGAGCAGAAGGCCUGCCUGUAGAUAGUCUCUCCUGCUCUCACUAUAUCUCAAUUCUUCUAUGCCAAGAGUUGAUUGACAGGGGAGAGAAAGAUCUCUUAUUAAACAGGUUUUGCUUCAAAUCUAUACAUUUUGUUGGUGUAUGUAUAUGUAUAUUAAUGUGUGUUUAGCAGUAUAUGUAUUAUGCCUAAACUAUUUACACAUGUAUUUAUGCAGCGCUUGAGGAAUUUGCUUUGAAUCUAGGAGCCAGCUAAAAUAGUUAGGAGCCACCUUUUUUUUUUUAACUACCAAAGCUUUGUUUUUAAUGACAAAAACACAAUUCUUAAAGGGACCUUAUUGUGACCAGAAUCACUACAGUUUAAUCUGAGUGACUGCCACUAGAUAUGUUACUAGGCAGUGCUAGUAUUACUAGACAGUAAUGUAAACACUGCCUUUUCUUUGAAUAAACACUAUGAAAAGGCAGUGUUUACAUUAAAAAGCCUUCAGGGACGGGCAAUAGACACCAGAACAACUACAAUAAGCUGUAGUUGUUCUGGUGACUAUAGUGUCCCUUUAAUACAUAACAUCUAUGUAAUGAGCACUUUGUGGCCCUGUCUUGUUGCUAUAGUGCACUUUGCAACACAACAGUGAAGAGUGCAGUAAUAAAGAAGACACCUUUACUGUUAGUCGUGCAACAGCAUAUUGUCACCAUUCAGACCAAUUACAUAACAUUCCUUAAUAUGUAAAGGUAAUAGAACUGAACCAUUGACUAUUUAAUAAUGUACAUUGGCUUACAAUAAAGCAGCUCUUUUGUUUAUUUUGAAGCUAUGUGAGUGUUUUCCUUCACAUCGGAGUAAUAGUUUUCAAUGUUAAAGGGACACUAUAGGCACCCAGACCACUUCAUCUCAUUGAAGUGGGAGGGGCGCAGUGACCCUGUCCCCUUAGCCCUGCAAUGUAAAACAUUACAUUUUCAGAGAAACUGCAGUGUUUAUAUUGCAGGAUUAAUACUGCCUCAAGUGGCUGUCACUCACUGUAUGAAGGUGAUGAAGGUUCCCUAUAGAUAUGCAUCGCUAUGAGGAGAUACUGAUUGGUGCAGUCUGGCGUUUUUGCUACGCAUGCGCAAUCCAGAUGCUGUUGCCCUAUUGGGUUGGCCGACAUCAUCAAAAUUGAUAUCAGCCAUGGAGGCAUGGCCAGCCAUGGCAAGACCGGUACAGUGUGGGAGAAAGGUGAGUAAAAACACCUUUUUCAUGCAUUUGGACCUGGGUUGGUAGUCUAAAUAGUUAAACACUAUAGUAUCAGGAAUACUUUUGUAUUCCUGAUACUAUAAUCUUCCCAUAAGAAAUAUGAAACCUUUUCUCUCUCAAUAAGGGCUUAGGACAAAAAUACAGACAUCUAUGCAGCCUGUGUCUGUACUCUAUACUGGUCAAGACCCUAAAACAAAACAAAAUUGAAACUGUGCUGAGUUUUUAAACUACCAAUGAAUAAACAGACUCUGGCAAGAAAAGACUAUGUGAAAGUCACUCAAGGGAAAAUAUCAGCGUGAACUUCAAAAACUAAGUUCAAAUGAAACACGAUUUUCUCCUUUGUGGACCUUUCAUGGAGCAAACAUGAGCCCUUUUUUUGCCAGUCUGUUUCUUGUAUUGAAGAAUGUAAUUAAGCAUGCGAAUAAAGAUUAUUAUUUUUUUAAAGAGAACAGCAAAUUGUGAAGCAGUGGAUACUUUGUACUGUUAUUGUAUAUAUUUUUUCUGCCUUACUUAGUUUUAUGACCUGUUCCUUCCUCUGUAAACUCCCCAGUCAGACACACUCCACCCCCCCAAGCCUCCAUCCCAUUAAAAUUCAGCCAUAUCUCAUGCCCCCUUCACUUUUAUUACAGUGGCAUUUCCUGCUCCCUUUCUCUCCUAUUACAGCUGCAUCUCAUAAAGCCUCAUGCAACAUACCUAAUCCAUAUUUUAUGCGGGGAUAACCUUUGGACUAUAAUGUUUUUUAGAAGAAAAAAAAGGAAGAAAGAGGAAGGUAGUGUCAGUAGUAGUUAGUGUAUUAUUAUUUAUAUAUAUAUAUAUAUAUAUAUAUAUAUAUAUAUAUAUAUAUAUAUAUAUAUAUAUAUAUAUAUAAAUAUAUAAAUAAACUACAAGGUACUGUAAAAUAUAAAGAUGUCCACAAUAAAGUUCAAAAUGGAAGAAAAUACCACUUGCAAGAGAAACAGCCAAGUCUUGAUGGAGGUACUUUUCUUAUAGGGAAUAUUCGGGUCAGAGAUGGCUUGGUAUCCAUAUGUGCAUAGUAGAGAGCAGAAAAAAUCCCAAUGGUACAGUAUGUAUAUAAAAUAUAGCUGAGUAAAUGGUAAUAUUGAUUCUACUCACAUUUACCAGAGCUAUGACCAGCUCUAUUAAUGACAGUGUAAAGUGGUAUUAUCCCCACUUCUAAGAUAUAUGGUUAGGUGUAGUUCUCAGAUUUUCCAACGGUAAAACAUCAAAAGGACCCAGGGCAAUAGAAACAAAAAUAGUGCUCUCUGUAUAUGUAAAACCAGUAUCAAAAGUAUAUGUAAGGAAUAAUUGACGACAGGCCGUUGAAUUAUUAGAAAAAUAAUGCACACCCGAGGUGGUAAUGUGGUCAUGACGCGAAGCCUCUUGGGAGUGCUGAGCGGAUUCCCUGGGGUCCACUGGUGCUGCUGGGUGGCCGGUCACUGCUGGUGCGCGAGGGAGCAUUCUCCUCUGGCGCUCUCUGCCCAGCUCCCUCGCGCGCCGCUUACUAAUGCAGGAGCCGGAAAUACGUAAUGCCACGUAGGCCCCCCAGGAGAAGAGGCUGGCAAACUGGCGUACAUACCCUGGAGAGCCGGGCCCGGUCGCAGCUGUCACCCCUGCGACCGUGGUAUGUACGCCAGUGCAUUAAAGUAUAAAAUGGGGACUAUGAAUGAUCACACAAGACUGCAGAAUCCUCCACAAUUAUCUCUAGAAUCUAUAGUGCAAAAAGAUGCCUUUUCCCAUCAGCCAUCACAAAUGAAGGCUGGUGGUGAAGCAAGGUAAGUUAGUUAAUACUCAUUGUCUUUUACAUAUGAACCGAGUUUUAUAAAUAAUCGUUGGGUAAAACAUUUAAAUGAUCCCCCAAAUAGAGAAAAUUGACGUCUCUCCAUUAACAUUGAUUUCCACAAACUCCAAUACUCAUUGUUUUUUUACAUAUUUUUUUGCUUGCUCUAGAAUUACAGAGAUAUGCCCACACAGUGUGUGUGUGUGUGUAUAUAAAUAUCUUCGCCAAACUAGACUUGAUUUUGAGCUCAUAUUAUAGUUUGGUUUUGUGAUUAUAGUUUCAUUGGAAGUUAUGGUUGUCUCCUUCAUUUAAUUUUUCUGCUCAGUAUAUUUAUGCAACCAAUGUUUGCAUCAUCUUCUCCUUUUUUCCUAAGGUUACAGUGGAAUGGCUCCAACACUGGCUUGUUUUCAUUCUCAUCCUGCCAUGUCAUUUCUUCAGUAAUUCAAAUGGAAAAUAAUCACAUGCUUUGUCCUUAGACCUUGACUUUGUUGUCUUCAAGAAAAGACAGUCUGUUUUGUUUACUUAACACUGAUUCAUUAAUACUGUGAAUUGCCCACAAAAAGGUACUGCAAGUCCAUUAACACUGAAACAAAAAUGAACCGUUAUACCACUAUGAAACAGCUCGGGGAUGGUACCUAUGGCAGUGUGUUGAUGGGGAAAAGCAAUGAAUCAGGGGAGCUAGUAGCUAUCAAAAGGUAAGCAUUAUUAUUUUAAUGUGAUUUGCAGUAAUAAUACUCCAUACUGAUAUAGUUAUGUUACUAGAUUCAUAUUUUGACAUUUUAUGAACAUUGUGUUGAGUAUUCCUCCAAGUAAGAAAAGUAGUUAAGGGUCAGGAGAGUCAUGCAUGUGUUUUAGUGUGUUUCAUGUGAGUUAAAACAAGAAAUUUUAAUUAGAGCCUAUGUUUUUGCUAUAAGAAUUCAACAAUCUUUCAAUUUAUUAUUGCAAGCCUUUCUUAAAAUAUAAGCAGUUCGUAUGUUUCUAAUAUGUAUGUUGUUUCAAUACAAAGAGCACCUACCCUUUUUACUCCAAAUGUAGCAUUGAUUUAGCCCUUUUGUUCUGUAUAGGAUAAGUGAUUGUAUAUUGUAUGAUUAGCAUGUGUAUAUUGUAUGAUUAGCAUCCUUUGCCUAUAGGCACUUUCUGUUUCUAUUCCCUUCAUUUUGUUUAUAUAUUACUGUAUUAUUGUAAAAAAAAAAAAAUAUGCCAGAAUAUAAAGAAUGGUAUAUAAAAAAAACACCCCAUUUACAUUUCCCUUUAGUUCAGUUAUAAACUGUUGAUAUGUAAAGAGACGGCACUGAUAUUUAUUUUCUAUAUAGAAAAAGAAAAUCUUAAAUGCUUGCAUUGUUUCUGUGUGUUUUAAAGCUAUUGAGGAACCAAUGGCAGAACUCAAAAAAUGAGGAUUCAAGAUGAAUUCAACUAUGCUUUCAUUUUGGCUACUCUGGCGUUAAAAUUUAAAGGGACACUAUAGUCAUCCAGACCACUUCAGCUCAAUGAAGUGGUCUGGGUGCAAUGUCCCUCAGGUUUUAACCCUGCAGAUGCAAACAUAGCAGUUUCAGAGAAACUGCUAUGUUUACAUUUGAGGUUAAGCCAGCCUCUAGUGGCUGUUGUGGUGUAUUACCAAACUCUAUAAAUUAUUAUGUACGCAUACACAUAUAAACUCUGGUCCGUCUACGUUAACAAAUAUUUAUUCAGAGACAAAACAACAACAACAACAUACAAAUAAUGACACACAAUCUAACUAACUAUACCACCAACAACAGCAACAACAAGCUAACUAACAAUAACAACUACAUCUUAUAAAAUCCCACUCACAGUUCACCAUGAUAGAAAUUAGGCCAUGUCUGCUUAAGGGACUGCUCAGUAGCACAGCCAAGAAGGAACAGAGAGGAAUGGAGAUAGGGGGAAGUGGUUACCUCUUUCCUGACUUGUAAAGGUAUUGAAUUACUCAAUUACCAUAUCAAAAGGUAAAGCUUAUCCCACUGUACAUGAGCUUGGUCACGUGAUCCCUGGUCACCAUAUUAGUUUGAUGACAGAUUGUCAUCACAGCUGUCUUCCGGACAGCCACUAGAGGCGCAUCUGUGACGCUGGAGGCAUAUAUUGAGAAAUGCUUUCCUAUUGACAGCUUGAAUGCGUGUGCAGCGCAUUCGGCUCCGCUGACAUCGGCAGAGGGAGCUGACGUUGGCGGGGGGGGAGAGAUCACCAGCGCCGAGGGAGCCGGUGCUGGAAUAAGGUAAGCUGCUGAAGGGGUUUUAACCCCUUCAGUACCACGGGAGGGGGACCCUGAGGGUGGGGCCACCCUCAGGGCAUUAUAGUGUCAGGAAAACCACUUUGUUUUCCUGACUCUAUAGUGAUCCUUUAAAUUCUCACUUUGCUGAAUAGCCCUGUAUGUUGUGUAAUAGAAGCAAAAUUAAAAGCAAAAAAAACUUCCCCCCCACCUACCCUCAAAACACCUGCCAUGUUAAUGUGAAGCAUACAGGCAUACAGGAUUGGAGUCAGAAUGGUGGGGGUAUAAGGUUAGUUUUAUUGUGCUUAUAUUGAAGCUAUCCAUUCACAAGUUAUAGAAACACCCCAACAUUAUAAAUAAGUACAUGUGUUUAUAACAUUGGAGUCUUGUUGAGUUUAAUGGCCCUCUUUCCCCCAAGUACUUAUAAAAGAAAUAGGUAGUUACCUUUAAUACAGCAACAAGAGCUUAUCUCACUGUGGCUCUUGUAGAUCUUCAAAUUAAAAUAAUUGCAUGUUCUAAUGUACUUUGCUUGAGGUGGAAGAAUUUGUGAUUCAAUUCUUGCUUCAUAAUGUUUUGGCAUGUCUAAUACUAAUAUCAGUAACCUUUAGCAGAGAUUUAGCUGUUCAUCUUUUUAUACAUUUGGUGUGAUUUUAAAUUUUUUUUGCAGGAUGAAAAGGAAGUUUUAUUCAUGGGAAGAAUGUAUGAAUUUGAGAGAAGUAAAGGUAACAUUAUAUUUUCUCUUUUAUUUUAUUUUUUUACUGAAUGCAAUUAAUAUAAUUAAUAUAACAGUUAAAUGAAUCUAGGCAACCUAUGUCAUGGUGAAUGGAUCACUGCUGAUUCUUACUUAGCCUCUUACAAACAUUGAUCAUGUUAUCAUGUCCCAAGCAAACAAUACGUGGGCUUUGGGUGCUGGUCCUGUAUGUGUUGACAAACCACAUUAAAAUGAGGGACUGAACCAUAAACCCUACAAUACACCUUAGAUAACUCAAUAACAUUUAGCAAGGGUUAAAGUUUACAUUUCGGAAUCAGUGUUUCUAAAUCAUGAGAGUGAGGUAUGAGAUUCUUAAAAGCGGCAUACAGAAUCUGCCAUCACAUUUCCUCUCAAUGUCGUCUUUUAUUCUAAUAAUAGCUUGGGACAGGGGCAUCUCGGCUCUUCUCUUUUGCAUGAGCUAAUGCCUCCACAUUAGUUGAAACAACUAUGAGCCACAGGGACUGAGCACUAGCUGAUAGCCAUUCAGCCAAGAUCUUACUACUUCUUCAUUGCUUACCGUUAAAAACCUCUUUUCUUAUAAUACAUGCAUAUCAUUGUGCCCUGUCCAGCCUUAUGAACCAUUGCAGCCAAUUAUCUGCAGUACUUGAACAUAUAUAUUUUUUUUAACUAUUAUUUUUUUUAUUUUUUUUUCAGUCGCUAAAGAAACUGAAUCACGCUAAUGUCAUCAAACUAAAGGAAGUGAUCAGAGAAAAUGACCAGCUUUAUUUUGUGUUUGAAUAUAUGAAAGAAAACCUUUACCAAUUAAUGAAAGACCGGUAUGUCUUAAAACUUGAUCAACUUCAAUAGUAAUUGCUCGUUAAAUAGUAAUUGUUAAUAAAAUGUGAAUUCUGCAAUGCUGUGCUGAAACAAAGAUAUCCCAUGCAUCUAGAUUAUUAUAUACUGUUCUUCUUUAAGUAGAGGGAUGUCUGGGAGACCUAACUAAGUUUUCACAUCCCACUAUUUUUAUUAGAGCAAUCCAUGAAAGUCCUCUAUGCACCACAACAUGUGGAAACACAAUCCCAAAAAAAGCAUACUUGUCCUGUAACAUAAAUUAUAACCAGCAGUCUAAUUACAAUGUACUUGGAAAAUAAACUAAUUUUCCAUACUUACAAGAAGAUAAAAAGAUGAAUCUAUUUAGAAAAUCUACUUUCUAUAGACUAUUUAUACAUGGGUUUUUCCUAUAUAUUAAGGUUUGUAACACACAUAUAAACAUUUAUAUUUAGAAAAUGUUUUAUAUGCAAUUUGUAAACGCAAAGACAUUCCAAAGAAGAGUGAGUGAAAACUCAAAAUAGUUUGCAGUCAUCUGCUAUUUGGGCUUGCUGGCUGGGGUGGGAGUUUUCCUAUAAUGGGGGUUAUACUAUUAAUAUGAGACAAAAAUACUAAUACAAUUUCAUAUGGUUGUUAUAGACAUGUUUGACCUAUUUGGUCACAUUUAAUAAACUAUUUAAUCUCCCAAUAGAUGCUGUUCAUAGCUUGCAAGGGCAAAAAGCCCAGGUAUGACUAUUCACAAACACAUUUAUCAGAAUUAUCACUUUGAUAUUCCGUGAUUUCAGACCUACAUAUAUCUAGGUUCUCUGAUUAAAGGACCACUAUAGGCACCCAGACCACUUCAGCUUAAUGAAGUGGUCUGGGUGCUAGGUCCAGCUAAGAUUAACCCUUUCUUCUAUAAACAUAGCAGUUUCAGAGCAACUGCUAUGUUUAUAAUAGGGUUAAUACAGCCUUUAGUGGCUGUCUCAUCGACAGCCGCUAGAGGCGCUUCCGCGCUUCUCACUGUGAUUUUCACAGUGAGAAGACGCCAGCGUCCAUAGGAAAGCAUUGAGAAUGCUUUCCUAUGGACUGGCUGAAUGCGCGCGCGGCUCAUGCCACGCAUGCGCAUUCAGCUGAUGACGAGAAGGAGGAGGAGAGUCCCCCGCCCGGCGCUGGAAAAAGAGGUAAAUUUAACCCCUUCCACUCCCUAGAGCCCGGCGGGAGGGGGGCCCUGAGGGUGGGGGGGACCUAGAGACCUUAUAGAGCCAGGAAAACGAGUAUGUUUUCCUGGCACUAUAGUGGUCCUUUAAGUUUCAGAGCUGUUUGAGAUCUCAACUUGUUAAAUAUGUGUAAAAAAAUUAGACCUGCUUGGAAAUUUUAAUUAUACGAAUAACCACCCUAUUUGUAUCUGGCCAUGCAAAGCAGUCUGACAGAGAACUUUGAAUAUAAUUCUGAUUGGCAUAAAAUAGUUACACUGCGAUCUGUAAUCACAUUUAAUACAUUGCUUGAAAUUGUGAAAUUUGUCUCUUUGCAGAAGUAAAUUGUUUCCUGAGUCAGUCAUCAGAAACAUUAUGUAUCAAAUAUUACAAGGGCUAGCUUUUAUCCAUAAACACGGUAGGUUAUUUGGUAGGCUCAUAACUUUUUCACUGUACUCGCUACCGAAUGUCGAAAUAUACAAGGUGUUGUUAACUACAACAGCAUGUGACACAAGCCACAGGGACAUUUGAUGAAAGCGAUAUGUGUAAGCAUUAUUCCUGAAAUAAGAAAAGUGGCAAUUAACAUUUUAUGUUACUUUUGAUUCUCGAAUUGCCACCUUUUCUUAAAAAGACUACCAAACAUAAUUAUCAGAGGAGUUAAGGAUGGGCAACAUACCCCAUUUUUAUUUUUACUACUGGUUGGUUGGCCAGCAGCUAUGCUUCUGUUAGAACUUUAUAUCGUUAUUGGCUCACUCUGAAUCGGUUGCAUCACCGGAUGUCUGAGGGAUCUCUCCUAACUGGUAUCAAAUGCUCUUGAUUUUAUUCUGUUUUAUUCUUUCACAUUCUGUCUCUUCCAUUUUUAUUUAUUUAUUUUUCAUUUUGCUGCUGCUUUUCUAUCUCUUCCUCGUGCCAGAGAAAAUAAGAUGUUCACUGAGAAUGAAAUAAGGAACAUUAUGUUCCAGGUGAUUUCUGGGUUAGCCUUUGUGCACAAGCAUGGUAAGCGUUUAGAUGAUUAGAUUACCUUGUGUUAUGUUUUGUGUUUCUGUCCCAGCAAUUGUAUUUUUGUGGGUACUGUUAUCAUCAUUGGUGUCCAAGUAGGGUAGUUUUGCUAUGUAAAGAUUACUUUUGAGCCCAUUUGUACCACUAUUUGUUUACCAUUUGAUUUGGAGGUACUGGGUAGAAUAUCUGGUAAAGGACCAUUAAAAUUAUUGUGUGGGCUGAUUGAUAUAGUAUAGCCUAAUUCAAAGAAUGUAGCAAUGAGUUACUGGACCCAUAGGUUAUAUUUUAAACUUUGCUAUUAGCUUUCGUAAAAAAAACAACCCAACAUAUUUCAGUAAAGUAAUAGUAUUUGCAUGAAAUGCAAGGCUGUUGUGAAACAGAUUUGCAUCCUUUAUUUAUUUUAAUUCACACACAGGCUUGUGUACACUGAUAACCCAAAAGUGCAGAGAAUGUAACUUUUUUCUGAACACCUCUGCUGCACACUCUUUAAGACAUUUUUUUAAAUGUCUGUGUGAUUUUGUAGUACAAUUGCAUGUUGCCUAAUACAAUAAAAAAAAAAAAUACUAAUAUAGAGUCAAUAGUAGUUCUUUAGUUUGUUAUAAAUGGAUAACCCUAAUAUGUUAUUUACUAAUUCGAUUUUUUUUUUGUUGCCAACAAUCAAUUAGGGUACUUCCACAGAGAUAUGAAACCUGAAAAUCUUUUAUGUAUGGGUCCUGAUCUUGUCAAAAUAGCAGAUUUUGGAUUAGUCCGAGAAUUGAGAUCUCAGCCGCCCUACACCGAUUAUGUAUCUACCAGGUGGUAAGUUCUGUAGUUACCUCUUCCACUUCUACACUGUGCACAGUUAAGAUGUUGGCUUGAAACAUCUAUUCAAUGUGCAGAGGGUGAAGGAAAUGGUUAAUGGGAUAAGGUCUUGAUGCGGGGUGGAAGGAAGUAGAAUUAAGUGAGAGAGCUAUGGGCCUGGGAUGCCCAAUCAAUGCUAAAAGCAUACUUCUAAUACUCUCUCCACCCUAAAAUGUAUUAGAGGAUGCUCUUCCCUAAUUCAAAAGUGUGUGCCUCCUUACCACCACUAUCCAUUCAACUACCAUGAUUCCCAAGCCUUCCCUUAUAGUAAGUAUUAAGGAGGAUGGUGUUAUAUAACAUUUGAAAAUAAGAAAGCACAUCAAAAAUAGUAUUUCUUACUUGGCUGCCAGUCAGCUUGAGUUUGCCUGAGUCUGCAUACAUGGGCAGAUUUACAUGUCAGGAGACUAUAGGCACAGCUACCCUCCCCCCUCCUCCCCCAACAAUAAGAAGCCAAUAAAAUGUGCUGAGUGGUUUAAAAUAAGAAGCCAAUAGAAUGUGUUAACUGUUUUAUAAUUUGAGGGCACAUGAUAUUGGACAUUUAAGGCAUACAAGCUACUAAAGAUUUGAGUGCUUACAUUUGGAAAUAAGGAAAGGGUGUGUUUAGAUUUUCUGGGUUACAUUUAAGGUUAGUGGAAAGGGUUUCUAGGGCAUGUGGGGUUUGAAUUGUUAUUUACAAAGUACUCCCUGUCCUAUCUCUUCUGUAGUCUAGUGAACUUCCUAUGAUUGAUAGCAGAGCUGCGGUAGCUGUUAUACAGUGUGCAUCACUCGGAGCUCCAACUUUUUUCUUGUGUAAGAGGCUGUUAGUGGACAGAUGGGAAAUGAUUCCUUCCACUUCCUGUCCAGCCUCACACACAGACACCGGAAUAUCUGGGACAGAACCUAGUUGUACACCAUUUAAAAUUGUUCAUGCAGCUCUGUUAUUUAUUUUAUUUAUUACUGGUAUUUAUAAAGCACCAACAUAUUACACAGUGCUGUUAUCAAGCAUAGAAAGCUGGCUGGGCUUCAGAGGACUCUAACCAUGGCUACUGGUAAUUAUCUCUCUACCAGCCCACUUAAGGUCAUGGCUUACCGGCCCUCCAUUCCUCCUCCGCAAUCUCAUUAAAGAGUGGGGUGUUACACUUCUGCCUGUGCUCCUCCUCUCUUCUUUGCCGAUUUGCCUUGCUUGGGGACAUUUACCAAGCAAGGCAAUCCUCCUCUAUGACGUCAAUCACCAAUGUGCCGGCCUCUGAACAGAGUGACCUCAUGCUACUCUGUUCCUAUACUCCCUAGCCAGAGCUAGCAGCGCUGGCUAGGGAGUUACCAUGGCAACUGCAGCACAUGCACUGUGGUUGCUAUGAGGGAUAGCAGAGGGACCUCCUGAGGAAGUUCUCUACUGCUACAUCAUGCUAUGGCAUUCGGUGUCUGCAAAGGAAUUAAGAGAGUGAGAUGGGAAAAAAAACUAUUUUUAAAUUGGCUUGUUAUCCCAAUCUAUAUAUACAACUUUGAGCUCCAAAAAGACUCAUUAUAAUUGCCGAAAAUAGGUGCCCCCUACUGGACAUGCACCUGUAGGCAAGUGCCUAAUCUGCCUUAUGGAAAAUCCUGCCCUGACUGGUUCUCUAAAAAUUUCAAUGUUUUUAAACAUGCCCGUACACUUUUUUCCCUCAUUUGGUGUCAUGAGAAUUCCCUCAUAACUUUAUCUUGAUCAGUUAUCUAAUACAUCUUAUUUUCAUUACAUUAUUUUUUUAGGUAUAGGGCACCUGAGGUAUUGCUGAGAUCCGCUGCAUAUAGUUCGCCAAUAGAUAUGUGGGCAGUUGGCAGUAUAAUGGCUGAACUAUAUACGCUACGACCUCUCUUCCCAGGAACAAGUGAGAUUGAUGAAAUUUUCAAAAUUUGCCAAGUUAUAGGGACACCAAAAAAAGUGAGUAUCAUGGGAAGACUAUUUCAGUUUAAUACUAAUUGUCUAUGUAGUAUUCUGUUUAAGAUCAGCAAUAUACAUUAUUUUCACUCGUAUUAAUAUUUUUCAUAAAAUAUUGAACCACUGAUACAAUGUGCAGCAUUGAACGGUGCACUAUUCAAGCCUUAUCAUUUAAAUAAAUACUUGACUAUUUGAGCAAUGGGAAGAUAGCAGAAUACUCAACUUUUUUUUUCUGACUGGCAAUCCAUUAUUUUGCAUGUGCAAAUUUUUAAUUGUCAUCACAGACUUUAUAAAACUGUGGCUUAAAGGGAUACUCCACUGCCCAAAUACAAAAAAUAAAUAAAUACUUAAGAUUAGUGAUGUCCCGAACGGUUCGCCACGGAUGGCGAACAUAUGCGCUGUUCGGUCCGCCCCCUAUGUCAUCAUUGAGUAAACUUUGACCCUGUACCUCACAGUCAGCAGACACAUUCCAGCCAAUCAGCAGCAGACCCUCCCUCCCAGACCCUCCCACCUCCUGGACAGCUCACUAAGAAUGCAGCUUCACAAUGAAUGUAAAAAAUCAUUGAAAAUAUAUAUAAACUGUAGGUCUCUUAUCUGUAGCCUUUGCUAGCCUCCCCCCACCUGGCCCCCCUUCUCAGCAUCCCAGAAUUUCUGUGGCUUUCCAAUCACAGAUGUCCCAAUAAAGCUUAAUGAGAAGUCUUUGCAAGGCAGGUGCUCUGAGUAAUUGCUGCCUCUUGCGUUUAGCUCCACUGAGCUAGACAACCAGGAAGUAAUAGGACUGGUUGUCUGACAGCCAGGGAUGUAACAAGUUUAAUUUGAAAAAGUGCCAAUUUCUAUUAUUUUUGUAAAUGAAAAAAGAGGGCACUUUCUUCAUACACACUGCUGCUGAGAUAUCUCUUUCCCCAGCUCCAUCCUUCCCUACUCUACUGUAUUGUGCUCAGUAACAGUGGCAGCAGGCACUUCGUUACCACCGGGUGCCUACUGCCAUACGUAGUUUCCUUGGCUCUGUUCAUUAAUAAGAUUACAUAGAGCUGGCAUGUAGUGUGACCGGCGGUACUGCUCCAGCAGAGGUGCCUGCCACUUAUCUCCCCGACUCCCUCCUGAACACUACAGUAAGAUAUGCACACAAGUGGUGUGGCCUUACUUUAGUGUUAAUUAAAAUCCCUACUCAAACCCUGCUGCCAUGACUCAUCUAAAAAAAGCCACAUAGUGACAGGCAUCCACUGCAACAGUGGGUGCCAGUCACUAAUGCAGCCUGGCUGUUUAUUUAUUUUAAGUUAUUCUUAUUUUAUUUUAGUUAUAAAAUUUUCUCCUGUGGGGAAGGAAACUCCUCAUAAUAUUUUGUAACUAAAAAUCUGAAUGCAGAGACAUCUGCUCUUAUAUACCUUUUUUUUUCUAUUAGAUGCCUUUUUUAUUAAGUGUUCUUGCAUAGCAAUACCACUUAAUGUUAUCUCACAUAUAUAUUAUUCUUAUUAUAGCCAAAUUUACCACCCUAACUCCUCCCACAGUUUUUACACUACAUAGACAGUAAUAUACCGAAACAUGCGGAUUGUUCACGAUCGGAUUGUUAUUACUUUGUGGAAAGUUUCGCCGAAUGGUUCACGGAAUAUCGUCGUUCUUGUAGCGAAAUUGGUCCCAUAGGAAUGAAUGGCAAAAUGUUCAAAACUAGAGUGGGAGCUGGCAAAAGCUGAAAAAUCAGGACAUGAUUUCUAAACUGCCAUCACUCCCUCAUUUUCAAGCCCACCUACACAAAUCUUAUAUCAAAACGUUCAGCUAUCCCUGCUGCCACUAAACAUGUCAACGGCUAAGCCAUAGUCCUGAUAGUUUUCACAAUAUAAUCAUUUGUUUGCAACUCACACCGCCCAUUAACAUUCAUUGAAACUCCACUCUAGCCAGCUCAAACUUGAAGGGCAAUUUCUAAACUGUGACUGUGCCUUCAUUUUUAAUACUUCAGAGACAUACUAUGCAUCGAAAUGUAGGUCUGGGUCUUGUGAUUCUCACAAUAUAAAGCUCUUUGCUGUAGUAUUUAUAGUUUUGAAAAUACGACCGUUUGAAGAUGGCAACCGCCACAAUAUUCUGACCUGUGCCAGGCUGGAGCAGGAAGUGAUGUCAUAGACAGGGCCUUUUGUACAACUGCUAAUGUUUUUAUAAAUGUAUGGUUUAAUGUAACUGUGCAACAACGUUGCAAUUAAAUGUGCUAUAUAAAUAAAUAAUAACAGUUACCACGCCCACUCCAGUUGUAGACUACUGGUGGAGGCAAGAACACUUCACACAAUUUCCCCAGAAAUUGUAGUUUUUCUAGUUUUCCUGUUAUUUUUUUAUUUUAUUUUUUUUAAGUAAUACUUUGGCGGCAUCUUGUGGCUAAAUUCUGUAUUACACUUGUAAUUUGAAUUUCGCCUCUAAAUAACCAAUUUAUUUUAAUCAAGUGGAAAAUGUCUAUAUGGAUUAUUCCCUAUAUGUGGCAUUGUCCUCAUAUUGGGAGGUAUAAGAGCCAUAUAGACUUAUUCCUAUUCUUGAUUAACAAUAUUUAGGUACAGAUUCAAGUGUAUGUGUAUUUGACUGCGUCAAGUCUGGUGCCCCACCAACUUGAAAAGUCACUAGCCACCAUCGCUGUCAAUUGCAGGUAAUCAAGAAAGGGUGACUUGUCAGUAAUUCAAAUUUGAUUUAAUUUUUUUAGGCCCUAAUACAUUAACUGAAAACAUAGUUGACUUGGGGAAAUAAUCCAGGUGGCUACUUCACCUCAAGUGUGAAAUACACUUUGAAUUCACUUUGAUUUCCCAAUGAAAAUACUUAUUUAAAAUACAUUUUUCAAAUAAUCUUUAUUUGGAGGCAUAGGAGCCUGAUGACCAUAGUUCUUGGCAUGCAGAGAUGUCACAGCAGACUAAAAGAGAGUCUUUGGUGGAAUCCUCUAGUUACCCAGUAACUUCAUAUAGCAACAUACAUUCAUUAAUACACAUAUAUUAAACAUUUGAAAUAAUAAUCUACUUUCAGCAACUCACAUGCUAGUGAAUAACCCUGUUAUUAUUGUAUAUCCCCACUGUAUAAUUAUAAAAGGCUGUUAAAUAUGUUUGUAUUUAUAAAUGCUAAUAACAUUGAAAAGUCUUUUCAGUAGUGGCAAUCCUUUUCAUGUUGCUAAUAAGCCAUGAAUUUGCGUGUGUAUAUAUGCAUGUUUCAGAGUAAUUAAUUAGUAAAGUACUGAUUAGCUUAUCGUUCUCAACCUAUGGUACAUUUUCCUUGGCAGAAUGACUGGCCAGAAGGAUAUCAACUUGCAGCAUCCAUGAAUUUCCGCUUCCCACAGUGUGUUCCUGUUAAUCUCAAAACUCUUAUCCCUAAUGCUAGUGAAGAAGCUAUAACACUAAUGAAGGACAUGUUGCAUUGGGACCCAAAGAAACGACCCACAGCAAGUCAGGUACUGGCCACUGAUUCUUUACAGUUAAUUCAUGAUGCAACAUCCAUUUAUUUUUAUUUUUUUACAUUCUUUAUUUUGAACGUGCAAUGAUAAACAUACAAAAAGAAAUUGAUAUUUCCAUGAGAGCAUAUAAGAUAUGAAAGGUUGCAAGCAUACAAUAUAAAACAUCAAGGAAAUUGCACUUUUUCUUUUUUUUUUGUCUCCAAUGUAAGACAGUCUCUAAUUUAAAGUAAGAUAACAAUAUAAAAUAUAAGCAGGCAGGAUACACAUGUUUAGAGCUUAUGCAUGACUGAAGCACUUGUUGAUUGAUAUUAAAAUGAGUAAGGACAGGCUGCCCAAGAUUACGAACAUGCUAGUAUUAUCAAGUAAAUAAUCCACUGGUGCCAACCUAGAGGUAGAUUAGGACAAGAAUCAUGCUAGGCAACCCCAUCUAAGUAUAAGGUACAGGCAAGACAAACAAACAUGAACCGUGAACAUAGUGACAUUUGUAUCACUGUAUGCAAAAGAAUAACUAUGCAUCUUGGCUUAGAUGAGAUUAACCGGCAUAUAUGAUUUACCACUGAACAGGCUAACAUGCACAAGUAAAAAGACCUCGGGAGCUUUGUUCUCUACCACCAUACAACACUGCAGAAAGUAAAACUAACAGUAAAUCAAAAGAAAAUCUAAAUCAACAUCAGCAUGGGUGUAUGGGUGCAUAGAAAUGCUAGGUGGAGGUGAUAGAGACAAGGUAAAAUUAACCUUAGAGGGCAAUUAUGGGCUCAGGAUAGUUGAUCAACGUCAGACAAUGCCCUGGUUCGGGAUUGCAGGAAAGUCACUGAUUAGUGCGGCAUGGUUGGGCUGCGCUAGAUUUGUGACAGCGUUGGCAGAAGCUUGUGAGGCGAUGCCCGCUGGGGGUCCACAUCUAAAAGAGUGGGUCAGGUCGGUUACAGUGGCAGGCAUCGAUUAAAAUGUAAAUAAAUACGAAAAAUACCAUUACAGCAUAAACAAGCUUUAGAAUGGGCGUACCCUCCCCUUCUAGCAUAAAUGUGAGCCACAAGUAGACCUAACUUAGGUGGGAGUGUGAAUGGUAACAGAUCUAUAAUAUGAUAAGAAGCGUGGUCAUGGAUCGACACGUGUAUUAUGAGACAUAUAGUAGCCAAAGGAUACCUUACUAUGGAGUUAACCCACUAUGGAGAUUAUGGUGUGCGCGGGUGAGAUCUUUUCUAUCCCUAUGUGGGAAGUCGAUGGGCAACAAUAUAAUGAACAAACGAUUUGUAGGCUGUAGAUAGAAUUGCGGAUUAUGUAAGCUCGCUAGACCAUCUACAGCCGGUCCCUGACGUUGUGUGCGGGGGAUGUACAGUAUGUGAUCCAUUCGGUCUGAGGUGUGUAUGCGGUUAGACCGCUCUGCGUAUUUAGCAAGCAGUGAGAUAAGCAAAUAAUGUAACUAAUGCUGAAUAUUAACUUAAACAUUAAACAAGAUUGGGCACCGGGGGUCCCUGGUGGUGACUGGGUCCGUUGUGGAACAAAGGGUGCCACGUAUGCAGAGCCUGUAUUGCCAUUGUCAGCCCCUCAUGGCGGAGAGAGUCCUGCGGCAAUCUCAGAGUCUUUAAUAGAUUAGCUGUCUCCUGGAUAUCCUGGAUCGGAUGCGUGGUGAUCGGACAGGCGCCAACUGUAACCUAUAUUGUGCUUCUGCAGGAGCGAAGUAAGCGGCUUAAGCAACCUCCACCAUGCCAAGGUGCAGCCAGAUAUAUCUGCGUAGAAGGAGAGUGUCAUGUUCUCGAACGGGUAAGGUGCAUUCCCUGUGAGUGCAGCCAGGACAGCCAUUUUAUCGGUCCUGUUCCUGAAACGGACCACCAAGUCUCUUGGGGUAGUAGUCGGUGCACUGCUAGGCUUGGGGACAUGGAAAAAGAGCCGUCUAAAGUCACCGUCUUGGCCUGCCACAGUGACAGCAAGGCCACGAGUAGGCGCCUCAUAAGAUGCGGUAACUAUGCCUCCAGUAUGUCUUUCGGAGAUGUUUUUUUUUUUGUUUUUUUUUUUAUAAAAUAUUUUUAUUAGGAAAGAUACAUUGAGAUUUCUCUCGUUUUUAAGUGUGUCCUGGGUAAAUUCCCCGCACCUUCAAAUUGUUCCUGCAUCUGGCGUCUUCCUGGGCUGCAAAGCGCAAUUUUUGCAUUAGUUUUUGUCGCUGCAGCUCCUGCACUGUUUGUUGGAGCGACUUAAUUUGCUCAGUGUGUGUGGUAGAGGUGCCUUCCACCCAGUCGGCCUGUCAGUCCCUACAGUUUCCCUCGGAGCAUGGCGACAUCAGCGCGGAUGUUAUGUUGGAGAUCUGCCAGGAACUCUCGCAGGAUGGAUAUUAUGCCUAGCGAGGAGUCUCUGUCCCUCAGUUGCGGUGGCGAUUUCGCCAGUGCAGGUAAGUUCUCUGUCUCGUACGAUAGAUCAUCGGAGAAGUCCUGCAUUAUGAGAUGGCCGUCACAGAUCCCCGAUUGUCAGACCUGUGGUGGGCUUGUCGGGUUUCUGUUUUUUGGAUUUGCGCCCCAUUAUGAUGGUAUUUUCCAGGGGGUCUCUCCGGGCUUAGUUUGCUGAAAUGGUGCGUCAAUAUGCAGGUUUUUUGCUGCGAUUUGCUGGAGCUCCAAAAACUUGCAACGGUUUGCUUUGGCAGUCUAGCUCCGCCAAUAUCCAUUUUAUAGCACCAACAACAAAGGCCACUAUUCUACAUUACUGGCAAAAUCUAGUCUGUAAUUAUCAACUGCAUUCUACUGAUAUUUUUAUCACAUUUCGACUGGAUUUUAUAUUAGUUGAAAUUCUAGCUGCUAAACUGGAUAAACAGGUUGGCUGCUCAAGAAACAAAUCUCCCAAUCACUAGUAACUUUCAGAGUGACCUGGUAAAAGUCUCUCACGUACCCCUACUUCUUGGCAUUGGAUGAGGGCUUCAAAUUAAAGCUUAGUAGGUGGAUAAAUCACUAUCCACCCCAGUUCUGUGCACCUAUGAAAGAAAUUGAAUGGGGGGACGGUGACAUAGAUUCUCCCUGUACCCCCACAAUAAUGCUCUAAAUGAACAAUAAUCCAGAUUAAACAUAGUGUCACUCCCAUGCCCCCCAGAUGGCCAGAAAUGACUGCUCUAUUUUUAAUUGCACCCCACACUCAUGGGUGGCAGGUGGGAGCUCUAAUUAAACAUACAAGAAGGGAUGGACAUGUCAUUGUCCUAAAGUAAAGUAGUCACUGGGUGGAUAGGGGUCCCCAAUCGCCUAGCCACCCCCUUUUAAAUAGAAGUACCCUACUUAAUAAUAGUGAGGUGCAAUAUGGCUAAUGCCUGUAAACAAAUCUACUUACCAUUAGAUGUCUUCUUUCUUCUUAAAUCUUAUUUUCUUCCCGUAGGAAAGCAUUGAAGUGUAAAUUUUUUAAUUUUUUUAUGUACACAGUAAAUAUAGGAGUCAUCAAUAAAAGAGUUGUGUGUUUUGUAACAUGAACCAUACCAUAACAACUUAAUAAAAAUGAAGUUGUUAUGGGACCAGAACGCCUCAGGCGCUUCCUUACCUUUAGGGGUUAAAUCGUUUAAGGGGUCAAAGAGUUUAACCACAAAGUCUGUGUUUUAACCCCAUUCUUCUCUGUAACUGUCCACAUCCGCUUUAUCUAACUAUGAUCCAGAAAGCAUGGCCUGCCGCUUGACUUAAAGAGGUCAGCUGACGCUAUAAGCCAAUCAGUAGUUCCCCAUUCAUAAAAAAGGGCACAUAUAAUUUUUUAUGAAUGGAGAGAUGCUGAUUAAUGCCUCCUGGCAUUAAUUUUGAUAAAGUUGUUAGGCUUUCAUUUUACUACUAUAAAUAUAGUAUUGUCUGGUUCUGCUGUCGCUCCUUGCCCUCUCAUUGGUUGUUGUAGUGCAGCAAUCUUUUGAAGACAUUGGCCGGGAAUAGCAAAUUCCUUUUGUCCGACACCCAGGACGUGAAGUUUUGGGCGCAAGGCAGGCAGUUUUUCUGGGCUUUUAGCUCUGUUGCAGGCAAGCAUCAAGGCUGCUCCUCGGGAAUCUGGGAAAGACAGGUCAAAGCAGGUAGUGUGUUAGUGCAGACCACAGUCAGAACAAAGUUUCCAGGAUUUCCAGCCUGCACUCUGGCACUCUUAGUGGGCAUUGGUACUGCAAGGGGGCAAUUGUUGUUGUCUGUAAUUUCAAGAGAUGCACACCUCAAUGGACUAUCAUGGACCAUAGACACCCUCCAAAGCUAUGGAGGGUACGAGUGAGGCAAAACACAGCAUAAACAUACAGACACUUUACACACAGCCAGCAAACAUUACACACAGACAGUAGACAUUACAUUCACGCACAUUACACACAACCAAUAAACAUUACACACAUGCAGCAAACAGGACAUAUACAUUACACACAGGAAGAAAACAUGACACACACACAUUACACACAGCCAACAAAACAAAUCACGGGCAAACACAUUACACACAGCCACCAAACAUCACACACAUUACACACAACUUGAGCACACCACACACAUAUUACACACAGUCCUCACAUACCUACUAUGGGAGGGAGGAUGAGACCAAUCAGCCUUUUUGGCUUAGUUUUUCCAUUUGGAUUUAAUUUGUGAAAAUGCAGAGUUCAGUGAAAAAGCCUUUUAAAUUCCAGGGCUCUAGGCCAGUGACCCAAUCUGAAAUUAUUGUGUUUGUCAGGACAAGUAGAUUGUAAUGACAGAAAUGUAGAUUGUACUGCUGCUUUAGUCCCUUGGUCAAUAAGUUUUUAAAAAUAAAACAAAAUUUCACAACUCUGCAGCACGUUCUUUGUUUUUAUUUUCUAUUCUCUUUCGUAAGCAUUAAAAUAAUGCUAAAAAUAAUAUUAACAACAAAGUAUUAAAUCAGGAAAGGUACACAUAUAAGGUUCAGAUAUGCUCUGGUUUCCAAGUACGACCUGAGGAUGUUACUUUUGCCCAACAUUUUAUGUAUAUGACUGUACUUAACCCCUUAAGGACACAUGACAUGUGACAUGUCAUGAUUCCCUUUUAUUCCAGAAGUUUGGUCCUUAAGGGGUUAAAGGGGAAGAUGGCACCAGAUGUAGCCUUUACAUAUGCUUUCAUCUUCAGGUCCUCAUCCUGGGCUACAACAUGGGCACACUUUAUCUCCAGGCUCAUUUGUAUACAUAUACAGUGUUGAUAUAAUUGGUGAACAAAUUAAUUAGUUGACAUCUGCUCCACUGCCAUGAACACUGGGAAAAGAUGGGCAUCAUCAUGGAGUACAUUUAUAGUAAGACUGAGACCAACUCUUCAUUGUUUUGUAGAUGACUGCUGACUUAUAGUCCAGAAUAUAGUUGAACAAUAACAAAGGUUCAAUAUACCCUAACUAGUUAAAUAAAACCGGAAGAAAACGUAUACUUAUUUAGGGAAAAGGAUUGUGUGUCCCAUUUUCUCAAUCAACAAAAUAAGAAGUAGAAAUGCAGCUCCAUAGACUGUGUUAGCAAAUAGUUUUACUGUGGUGGGAGAAGCUGAGGGCUUAUAAAAGCUCUCUUAUAGCUCAUUUGAUGUAGCCUUUUAGUAGAAAGAAAAGUACUGGAAUACAAAUCUUGCUGUUCAUUAUCUCGAUACGCCAGCUCUUAUAUGGAUGUGCUUGUCAAGAUAACAAUGAAUAUAAAACAAUUUUGAGGCACUGAAUGGAAGAAUGACUCAAACCUGCAUUUAUUUAUCCGUAGGCUUUAAGGUACCCUUAUUUUAACAAUGGUCAAGUAUUGGGACCUGCACCACAAUACAUUGAGCAGAAAAGGUCUCUAAAAAAAGCAGUGCAACCCGUACAACCGCAGCCGUCAUCUUCAACAAAGAAACAAUCUCCUUCUCCACCUGAUGCAUUAGAGAAGACAAUAGCUGACUCACCAGUGGUGAACCACAGGCCUCUGCAGCAGAUUCAGGUGCCUCAGAGCACAGCUGACAAUAUUCUGCUGCCUAAACCGUCUCCAGUGUUCCUGCCCAAUAUCAGUAAAACAGUGUCUCCAGUAAGUAACGUAUCAUUUCUAAUAUUCACUAGGCAUCUCACCUGGUUAUUUAAGUACUAGUAUUAUAGUAUUAAAGUACUAUUACACAAUUAACUUAAACCUUUUUUUCUUCAAUGGAUAACUGUAUUAUAUGAAUAUUCCUUUUAAAAUGGUGCAAAGCUUUUUUAUUUUGCUAUUUACAGCACUUUUAUUAAUCUGUAAUACAUUUAUAGCUACCCAAUGGAGGAUUUCGUUCCUAUGAUCAAUAUGUAUAUAACUUCAGUAAUGAAGAAAUAUGUUGUACAAAUAUUUUAGCUUGAUGGAUAUUUUUUAAGAAUUCCAAUAAAUAGGUUGUAUAAAAAGAAUAUUCCAUGCUACACAUUUUAGCUCAUAUCUGUUUUACAAAAUAAAGCAAUAAAAAUGACCGGCAUGCUUUAUUUGUUUUCCCCAUAGAAGCCAGUGGCCACUGGAUCUCAACAUACGGCUGCUAAUGCUAAAAAUGGAAGACGGCGCUGGGGACAGUCCGUUCUAAAGGAUAGUUGGGAUGACUUUGAUAAAGAAUUUGGCAUCUCUUAUUCUAAAAAACCCAGUAUGGGAGGAGUUAAAGAGAAUAAAAACAAUGAUCCAUUAUUUGGGUGAGACAUCAUUAGAAAUUACUUUAACUCCUAAAGCAGUUUUUUAACCUUAACAUAUGUUCACAGAAAUCUGUUUAACGUCUUAAAAACCACUGGCAUUUUUUUCCAACACUGUCUGUGUAUGACUGUCUGCCUCUGUGUGUAUGUAGGACUGUGUGUGUGUGUGUGUGACUGUCUGUGUGUGUGACUGUCUGCCUCUGUGUGUAUGUAUGACUGCCUGCCUGUGAGUGUGUGUGACACUGUCUGUGUGUGUGUGUGUGACUGUCUGCCUCAGUGUGUAUGUAUGACUGUCUGCCUGGGUGUGUGUGUGAGUGUGUGGCUAUCUGCCUGUGUGUGUGUGUGGCUUUUGGUGUGUGUGUGACUGUCUGCCUGUGUGUGUGGCUGUCUGCCUGUCUCUGUGUGUGUGGAUGUCUGCCUCUGUGUGUGUGUGUGGGUGCCUGCCUCUGUGUGUGUGGAUGUCUUUGUGUGUGUGUACAUCUGCUAGUGAGUGAGUGAGCUUCUGUGUGUGUGUGUGUGUGUGUGUGUGUGUGUGUGUGUGUGUGUGUGCGCGUGCGCAUCUGCUAGUGAGUGAGCUUCUGUGUGUGUGUGUGCACCUGCUAAUGAGUUUGUGUGUGUGCCAGCUAGUGAGUGAGCUUGUAUGUAUGUCAGUGUGCUUGUCUGUAGGGAUCGUGUGUGUGUUAGUGAGUUUGUCUGUAGGGAGCAUGGGUGUGUCUGCUCCUGUAUGUGGUGAGCCUGUGUGUGCAGUGAGCUUGUCUGUGUAUCAGAGUUUGUCUGUACUUAAUUGGUGUGUGUACCAGUAAUCUUGUCUGUGUGUGUCAUUGAGAUUGUCUGUCAAUGAGCCUAUUUGUGUGCAUCAGUAAGAUUGUCUGUGUCUGCAUGUGAGUAUGCUUUACUGUAUAAUUUAAUUACCCUAAAGGGACUAAUAUUUUGAAUUGAAAAAUAAAUAUUCCAAUUAUAUAUAUAUAUAUAUAUACACACACACACACACACACACACACACACACACCAGUGUAUAUAUAGAUAUGUAGUGUGUGUUAUAUAACACACACUACAUAGCACAAUAAUUUAUGGGGAUGCCAUAGAUUUUUUUUCCCAGGGCUGCUUCGUGUCCCCAGUCCGGCUCUGGUUCCCGGCAUUAAACUGUACAAAGGAGAGUAAAGGUGUUAACUACUGUUUGAUCCAAGAUGUCUCUAUGGCCAGGAAAUCCAAGGAAGGUCAAGUAAUUGAAUAUCAUUCUAUUUGUUUUCUUAAAUAUUGAUUGACCAUCUAUUUAACAGUUGUUGUUGUUGUUGUUGUACAACGCCGUUAUGCACAGUGGCACUCAAACAAUCACACACAAAGUGAUACAUUUUGAUUCAAUCCUUGCGUUAUAAUAAAGUUAGUUAUGGGACAUUAAAGUUACAUAAUUAUAGUUUUUACAAGAGUUACAGUACAUUAUUGAUCAUACAAAGAACAACAAAUGUUACAUAUUACAAAUCUGAAAAAAUACUCCUAUUCUUUUAAAACACUAAUAUAUAAAACUGUUCACAUUUUUCUUCCUAUAUAUAUAUAUAUGUAUGUAUAUAUAUAUAUAUAUAUAUAAUAAAGAAUGUACAUUGAUAUUGUGGCUUUCUCUUCAGCAUGGCAGAAUAUGGACAAGAAAACAAAGCAAUGACAAACACGAGGAUUCUGAGAACGGAUUCAAGCCAAACCAUGUCAGCUAAACAGCAUUAUCUAAGGCAGUCACGAUAUCUACCUGGUAAAUAUUGAACAGCAGAAUUUACACACUUGGCAAAGUUGCUAGAAGCAAAUCGCCAUAGGAGAUAAUACAGUUGUUAUUCCCAGGUGAAGGAAAUGUGCAAAAACAUUUUUGCUCAAAUUCAGUUUACAUCAUGUUCAGACGAGAAAAGAUUCACAAAUUAAGAUUGUUCCAGAUUAGUGUUCAUUUAAAAGAAAUAAAUCUCUGAACUAAAGUGUCAGGAAUACAAACAUGUAUUCUUGACACUAUAGUGCUGGUGUGGCUGUUUAGAUCACCGGACCCCAUUAGAUCGCUCUGGAAAGGUGAUUCGCCAUGGCUGGGAUAAUAAAUGUUGAUGAUCUCAGCCAGUCCAAUGCAGUUCCAUAGGAAAGCACUGGGAAGCUAUUGUGGAUGCACGGCAAAAUGCUGCAUUGUGUCAAUCAGCAUUUCUCUAUAGAGAUACAUUAAAUCAACGCGUCUCUAUGGAGAACAUUCAGCGCCUCCAUGCAGAGUGCAGCACAGGAUUAGGAAGCACCUGUAGUUGCUGUUUGUGUGACUGCCACCAGACGUGUUACUAGACAGCAAUGUAAACACUGCCUUUUCUCUGCAGGAUUAGGCUAUAGACACCAGAACCACUACAUUAAGCUGUAGUUGUCAUGGUGACUAUAGUGUCCGUUUAAGAAACAGUGCUGAUCACUGCAUUGAUAUCCUGAAUCAAUGCACAUUUUGCUGUAAAAUGGUGUUAUAUGUCAUUAUUAAAUUGUCAUCAUGAAUGUAAAGCAUUUCUCAAAAAUAUAAUGUAUCUUAUUUUUAUAAAGAUGACAGUAGAGAGGUGUUAAUUUAUCAUAACCAUAUUUUUUUAAUCUAGAAUAGGAAGUCUUCUUCAAAGGUCAAAACCCAAAAUAUUAAACAGUUUUGUGGUUAAUUUUGGAGAUAUGACAACUUUUUCUGUUGGUUUUUAGCUUAGAAAUUUUAACCCUUUAAUUGAAUGCAUAAAAUACACACAGUUUAAUUUCUUUAUAGUCAAUUGCUCUCUAUAUUUUCCAAUUACAAUGUUUAAAAGGAUGUUUGGAUAUUUGCGGUAUUCAUUUUUACUUGGUAUGCAUUGUUUACUCUUUGAUAAGUGUUGUUCUUGUUUAGACUUUGAUAUUUUUCCUUUACAUACAAGGUAUUACCUUAUUUUCUGCAUAGUGAAAAGUUUGUUCCCUAUUUAUUAAGCACAAGGGUUUAUCGCAGAUGUCAACUAGUGAAUUGUUUACUAUGGAAAUUAUUCACAACCAUUCUAAGCACAUCUGAUCUGAUUUUCUUUUAAUACCCGACUUCUGAAAUGCAGUUGAAAUAAAAAAAGAAUAUACAAAACAUGAGUGGCAAGUUGAUUCCACAUUCAGGUUUAAUUCCUUUCACAUGGCAGGUUUCAGUAUGUUUCCUACAGAAAUUGUUCUUUCUAUGGCAGCAUUAACAACUUUAGCCCUUCAGCUGCUACAAUUCAUCACCAGUCUUGGGGCAACAGCGAAUUAUGCUAAUAUUAGAGCAAUAGUUGGUGGCCUAAAGUUGUGAAAUGGUUGUAUGAAUGUGAGCUUUUUAAUUCUAACAUACCUCUUUUUUACUGUGCUAAGGGAUGAACCCAAAGAAUUUAGGAUUCGGGCUACCCAACAAGGAAGUAAAUAAUUCAGCAUGGAAUAGUGCACUAACGUCUAAACCACUUGCUCCCAUUGGAGGAGGUAUGACGUUUAAUAGAGCUAAUGCAGGUAAAUAUUGUAUUAGAAAAUAGCAUACCAGCUUUAAAAAAUUCUAAAAUAGAAGUAGAAAACUGUCUGUAUUCAUUAAACUGUUAAUUUAACAAGCAUAAUAAGUUUAAAAACUUGAUUGAAUUCUGGACAUAUUCAGAAAUUCAUUCUCUCUCUCUCUCCCUUUCUCUCUCUCUUCUGUAAGGAAAUAAAGAAGCAUUUGAUAUGUUAAACUUUGUUUAAAAAAUUUCAAAUAAAUUAGAAUUUACACGUAAUACAAUGAAAAGUAACAAUUAAAAUGUUUGUUGUAAAUCACGCUAUUAAUUUGUGUGGCCUCCUUAAAAUGCAAAACUGAAGCACGUUUGGGGAAUUUUGAUGAUGGAUAACAUGAUGGAAGAGCCAAAAUGCUGUCUGUCUCCUAAAUUGUACUUAGAGAGACAGUCUAUACCAUAAUCACUACAAUGUAGCUAUAACAGUGCAAAACAAAAAGUAUGUGGGCGACAUCCUACAUUUGUUUUUGCUUUAUUUGUGGGUUUUUUUUUUUAGAACCAUUACAAAGUGGUUUUACAAAAAACAGGGUUAAAACUGUUUUUGAAGGGUUUGACUUCUGACCUGGGGUCCAUCAGGUGCCACUCCCUGGCUCCACUACUUCAGUUAGUUUUCCUGAGCUAAGCCCUAGCUAGUAGUGGAGACAGGCAGCAGUGCCUGGUGGAUUCUGGGUAAGAGGUUAACUGUUCUAAAACAGGAUGACACCUUACUGUACUUGGACUGUUCCAAUAAAAUAAAAAAAUAUUUACAUUCUUCAUUGCAUGCAGAUUGCUUAUUUAGUGUUUCAUUUGGUUUUUAUUGCUUUAUCUUGCCAAGUUUAUACCAGCCUGCUUUAAUUUUGCAUUUAUUUACAAAUAAACAAUAUAUCACUGUUGUCACUGCAGUGUUAUAAAGAUUAUUUGUUUCCAAACAAACCAAUACCAUAAACCUAAAAAUGGUUUUCUUAAAAAAAAAAACAAAAAAAAAUUAUAAUGGAGUACAGCCUCGAUUUAAUAUUUUUUUGAAAUAAGCUUUUAUUUUUUUGGAUUUUUAUUUUUGGAUACACUAUUAAAAUUAUAAAACAUGUUUAAUAAUGUGUUUUUUAAUACAUUGGUAUAAUAUAUAUAUAUAUAUAUAUAUAUAUAUAUAUAUAUAUACUUAUAUAGAUUUAUUUAUUUUUUUGUUUUAAUAUUUUGAAAUAUGAAAAGCUCAUCCAAAAAUAUUAAAUUGAGGCCAAUGGUGGGUAUGUGUGUGUGUAUAUUUAAAAGUUCUUCUCUCUAAUAGAAGGAAGCUAGCUCCUGUUAUUCUAGAAAUGGUGUCUGUCCAUGAAUAAAAUUGAUCAGGAGAGGACCACUUAGUGCGGCAGGAUAACGUAUUGUGUUCCUUUCAAAUAAAUGCUAAAGUUAGCCCUGUAUGGACUUUUGAAAGUUUAUACAGAAGUCCAUUUACACUGGGAUGUCCUUUAAUAUUAUCAAGGGGAAAUGGUUAAUUGUAUCAGAAUAUACAAUUUUCUGUGGAAAUCUCAUGUUGCAGUGGUUCCAGCAGUCCAGGAUUUAUGUAUUUCUCUUUUUUUAUUCCAAUGGAGAUACUGACAAAACCUGGACUGUUGGUGGGCCAUGAGAACUUCUAUCUUGUUGUAUGCGUUGGUUCCAUAGAAUCUUUUUAUUUAUAUAUGUGUACUUUGUGCUUCUGCAACAGGAGAUUGAUCACCAAUGCAGGUGUUUUUAUUUAUUUAUUUUUUACUUUACAUGUUGUUCACUUCACAACUUUAUUUCUAUGGUUCCUUUAGGAGGAUUUGCUGGUCCUUCAUAUAACCCAAAUGGAGGAUACAUUCCAUCCAUUCACAAAAAAGAAGUUGGCUCUGCAGGACAAAGGAUACAACUUGCACCUCUUGGAGGAGCAGCAAGUACGAGAUUUUUAAUAAAACCUAUAAUGAUUAAAAAAAAACACACAAGCAACAAGUAUAUUAUAAGCAAAUUUUAUUAAAAUUACCAAUAGUAAUAUACCUCUGCAUUUAAUCGGUUUUAUUAGACAGGUUAAAACCAAUACAUGCACCAGUCUAUAUACAAUUUAGGUACAAACUCUAAACCCUUCAUAUUUUGGUUUUAUAAAAUGUAACAUGUACUUCAGACCAUAGAAACUAUGAUUUUUUUCCUCAUGAUGUGGAACAAAAUCCACAUGCAACUUGCUACACCUGUUACAGCUACAAAACAAAAUCUUUGUGGUAUUAUCCUUUUUCCCAGAACGGUUUUCCACCUUAGAGUAAUAUAUUAAGAAACAGGUUUUUCUAAUUGAAUUCACUCAUAGCGGGGAUCUGUUGUAUCCGGUUCUUUUCUCUUAUUUAUAUGCUUUACUAUUUCUUUCUUCUUUCUUAUAUCUUUUUCAUUCUCCUUGUUAGCAUUACCCACCAACAGUGAUGCUGUGAAUGGUAAACCAAAGGUUAUCAAACCAAAGCCUAUCUGCCUAAAGGCAGUAUGUGAGAGUCCACCAGGUACAUUGUCCCCUUUUAUGUAGAAAAAUCAAGAGAUAUAAAAGUUAUGUGUGAAACAUAGUUCCUCUGUCUCUGCCUUCUCCUGCACUUUCUUUUCCUCCCUCAAACACUUGAGUCGCCCAGAUGUUCAAAGUGCAGAGUGAAGGAUAGCUGAUCUCUUUUUAUGUUAAAGGACCACUCUACAACCAUAAAGCACAGUUUUUGGGGAAGAAGGGGAGGACUUCAAAAAACAUUUUUUAUAUGCAGUAUUUCACAAAAGUGAGUACACCCCUCACAUUUUUGUAAAUAUUUUAUUAUAUGUUUUCGUGUGACAACACUGAAGAAGUGACACUCUGCUACCAUGUAAAGUAGUAAGUGUACAGCCUGUAAACAGUGUAAAUUUGCUGUCCCCUCAAAAUAACUCAACACACAGCAAUUCAUGUCUAAACCGUUGGCAACAAAAGUUAGUACACCUCUAAGUGGAAAUGUCCAAAUGUGUCAAUAUUUUGUGUGGCCACCAUUAUUUUUUUAGAACUUCCUUAACCCUCAUGGGCAUGGAGUUCACCAGAGCUUCACAGGUUGCUACUGGAGACCUUUUCCACUCCUCCAUGAUGACAUCACAGAGCUGGUGGAUGUAAGAGACCUUGCGCUCCCCCACCUUCCGUUUGAGGAUGCCCAACAGAGUGUUUAGGUCUGGAGACAUGCUUGGCCAGUCCAUCACCUUACCUUCAUCUUCUUUAGCAAUGCAAUGGUCGUCUUGGACGUGUGUUUGGGGUCGUUAUCAUGUUGGAAUACUGCCCUGUGGGAGGGGGUCAUGCUCUGCUUCAGUAUGUGGCAGUACAUCUUGGCAUUCAUGGUUCCCUCAAUGAACUCUAGCUCCACAGUGCCGGCAGCACUCAUGCAGGCCCAGACCAUGACACUCCCACUACAAUGCUUGACUGAAGGCAAGACACACUUGUUUUUGUACUCCUCACCUGGUUGACGCCACACACACUUGACACCAUCUGAACCAAAUAAGUUUAUCUUGGUCUCAUCGGACCACAGGACAUUGUUCCAGUAACACAUGUCCUUAGUCUGCUUGUUUUCAGCAAACUGUUUGCGGGGUUUCUUGUGCAUCAUCUUUAGAAAAGGCUUCCUUCUGGGAUGACGGCCAUGCAGACCAAUUUGAUGCAGUGUGCGGCGUAUGGUCUGAGCACAGACAGGCUGACCCCCCACCCCUUCAACCUUUGCAGAAAUGCUGGCAGCACUCAUACGUCUAUUUCCCAAAGACAACCUCUGGAUAUGACCCUGAGCACGUGCAUCCAACUUCUUUGGUCGACCAUGGCAUGGCCUGUUCUGAGUGGAAUCUGUCCUGUAAAAUCGCAGUAUGGUCUUGCCCACCAUGCUGCAGCUCAGUUUCAGAGUCUUGGCAAUCUUCUUAUAGCCUAGGCCAUCUUUAUUUAGAGCAACAAUUCUUUUUUUCGGAUCCUCAGAGAGUUCUUUGCCAUGAGGUGCCAUGUUGAACAUCCAGUGACCAGUAUGAGAGAGUGUGAGAGCGAUAACACCAAAUUUAACACACCUGCUCCCUAAGCACAACUGAGACCUUGUAACACUAACAAGUCACAUGACACACCGGGGAGGGAAAAUGGCUAAUUGGACCCAAUUUGGACAUUUCCCCUUAGGGGUGUACUCACUUUUGUUGCCAACUGGUUAGACAUUAAUGGCUGUGUGUUGAGUUAUUUUGAGGGGACAGCAAACACUAUUAUGCAGGCUGUACACUUACUACUUUACAUGGUAGCAGAGUGUCAUUUCUUCAGUGUUGUCACAUGAAAAGAUAUAAUAAAAUACUUACAAACAUGUGAGGGGUGUACUCACUUUUGUGAAAUACUGUAAAUGUUUAUCAAGUUUUUUAAAAGAAAUUGAUUUUUUGUUUAAGAAUUAUAAAAACGAAUUCCUACCUUUUAGUAUAUGACAGGAUUCUUCAGCCAUAUAUGUGCACCUUGUGUUAGACAGCGUUUGAAAAUCUACAGUUAAUUCCAUUAUCGUCCCUGCUUUUGUGCAGGGAAAACUAUAAACUAUAAUAAAAAAAAAUAGUUUUAAGGUGACAGUUGUCCUUUAAGUGUAAAAAAAACUUUUUAAAAAAACCGAGAAGUGAACAUUUGAGGACACUUGUCCUUUAAAUCUAUAUAAUGUUUUUUAGUUUUUAAUAAAUGUAAACAAUCAUCUCUUACCACAACAAAUACAAUUUGAAUCUGAUCAAGACACCUCAUUCUGCUGAAAAGAUGGGAAGGCAGAAGGGAAAGAAUAACCAAUAUGAGAGGGCCAAGUUGAAGGCGGUUUCCAGUCUUGUAAGAUGGUGUGUACUUGGUGUACAUUUGUACAGGCUAUAUCGUCAUACUGAAUGACUCCACAAAUUCCCACAAAUAGAGUGUGUGUAAUGUGAAAUACACAUUUGCACUUAAGACAUUUUGGUUUUACAUUUUUAACCUGUUGUGAAGCACAAAUAACUUGUUUGUAUUUUUCAGAUUUUGAUGCCUGGAAAACAAAAACUGUACGCACACAACUGCCAGCUUCAUCAUUCAAACCAGCAACUAAGAACCUGUCUCUGAUAAACCGGCCACAACCACUUCAGCCAGUGCACGGGAGAACAGACUGGGCAGCCAAGUAUGGCGGCCAUCGCUAA